AUGAAAACUGGCUGCAGCAUGGUAGAGAAAGCUAAGAGCGGUGGAGGUAAGCAAAAAAUCUUUUAAUUCUGAUACUUUUUGUUUGUGUGCUAUACAUGUGAAAUUUGUAUUUAACCCCUUAAGGACCAAACUUCUGGAAUAAAAGGGAAUCAUGACAUGUCACACAUGUCAUGUGUCCUUAAGGGGUUAAACACUCUGGCGUUCAAUGUUCUGCAAUAUUAAGACAGGUUGUAGUUUGUAUAACCUACUAAUCAGUGAUUUUCGUUUGUCUGGCCCAUAUAAUUAAAGGGUUACUCCAACCACUUCAGUGAUUUGAAGCCUGGAGUCUAUCUGUGCAGUGUUUUGCCAAGAAACUAUUCACAUACAGAGAAUUACACCUGUUGCUGCAUCAGGUGGUGUCCUCGGCUAGCCUGAAACUUGUUCCGAGCUGGCAAAUUUUAAUGUAGACACACUCAUUUAAAUGUCUGAGGGUGGUCAGCUGGUGCUCUAAGCAAAUUAAAGUGCAUCGGGAUCAGCGUCGGGUUCCUGCAGCUCUGCAGAAGCUGGAUGCCUCACAUUUGCCCACAAAGAUCAGGAGCCUGGGAGGGAUCCAGGUAAAAGGACCAACCAUUAAAAAAUGGUUUACACCAUUACUGAGAAACUGUGCUAGUGGUUAUGCUGUUUGAAGUAGUUCUUUAAACAUCCCAAUAGCCUUCUAAAAUGGCACAGUUGUGGCAGUUUGUUUAAACUCACAUUUAAGAAACUCCUUUGGAGUAGAAUGAAACUGUCAACGCAUGCAGUUUUGUUUCUCUUAAUGUUUUCCACCGUUCAGUCACUUCCUUAUGUUGGGCAUAUCAUUAAGCAUACUCCCUCAGUGGUGGAAGAACAUUGACACUGGUGCAGUUUAUUGCAGUAGUGUGUAAUGGUUAAAAUGCCACUCUAGACACUAGAGCCAUUUCUUCUCAUUAAGUUGGUUCUAGGUUCUUGAUUUCACAGGUGCCAUGCCUCCGUUCAGUGUUGCGUCAUUUUAAAACACUGUAACACUGAAUAAGGGACCCUGGUCAGGCCUGUGUAGGUGCUGUGGCUUAUCGUCUGAAAGCUUACGCUCUCAGCCACUUGUUACUGCCCACUGUUGCUUGGGAUAAUGGUUCUUCGUUGGCUUGAGCAGAAGCAAUGCUAGGGAUUCUAGGUAUACCAUUCAAAAAUGGAAGGACAGCCUUGGGGAACUUCAAUGCGAUGAAACAGUUGGUGUCACUUUAAUGGGGAUUUUGUGCAUAUGGAGAUCUUUUCCCUUUUAGAACUCUGUGGGUGUUUAUACACUUGCCUUGUUACUCUGAGAUUUCACUUUACCUAACUUCUCCCAAACCUCAUUUAACAAGGGAACCAAGGAAGGUAGGUGGGUGUGUGUGUCUGUCUCCUUCCUGCAAGGUGCGAUGUAAAAUCUGCAAGCAGUAACUUUUAAAGUGACAAUCAUUAGCAUUAGCCGUUUUAAUUAGUGUACGUAUCUGUGUCUUGCUAAGUUUGUAUCGGGACAGAGCACUUACUCCAGAUUACCUUCUGCAGUUAUUUCUCCAUUCAUUAAUAGUUAUUGGAUAUAUAUAUAUUUAUUUUUGUUUCUGCUAAUAUGUUGCUGGUUUUAUUUACUUUGCUUUUUAAUGUUGUAUGUUUCCAUAUUUACUGGUUUAGUGUCUGCUUCUUUCUGUAUUCCUCGUUUGUGGCAUAUUGCAAAGUGUCACUGUUUCCAAAUGCUAGUUCAUAAGGACUUGGCAUGUUAAGGAUUGAAAAUAUUAAUGCUUAGUGUCCCAGUUUUAAAUAGCUUUUAUAAAAGAACAUGGCUUCAUAUUAUCAUGUCUAUAAAGGCUGCAUUUCAUGCUUUUAUCGCCCCCUUCGAUGUAAGGUGUGCUAUAAGGAUAGACUGGAGACUGUGUGAGCCAUCUAACAGUAUAAAUGUGUUCUUAUUGGCUUGCAGAGUCAUGCAACCAUACCAAAUACAAUAACGAUUCUAAUUAACGUUUCAUUUGUGUGAAUACAGGUAUGUGUUUGUGUGAAUGGAGGCUUGCAUUUGUAGAGUGUCUGUGUGAGCAGGGGUACCUUUUGUGGAGUGUCUGUGAGAAUGCAGUGCAUAUUUGUGUGGCGGGUCAGUGUGUGAGAACGCAGGGCGUAUUUGUGUGGCAGGUCAGUGUGUGAGAGAACGCAGGGCGUAUUUGUGUGGCAGGUCAGUGUGUGAGAGAACGCAGGGCGUAUUUGUGUGGCAGGUCAGUGUGUGAGAGAACGCAGGGCGUAUUUGUGUGGCAGGUCAGUGUGUGAGAGAACGCAGGGCGUAUUUGUGUGGCAGGUCAGUGUGUGAGAGAACGCAGGGCGUAUUUGUGUGGCAGGUCAGUGUGUGUGAGAAUGCAGGGCGUAUUUGUGUGGCAGGUCAGUGUGUGAGAACCCAGGGCGUAUUUGUGUGUGUGUGUGUGUGUGUGUGAGAGAACGCAGGGCGUAUUUGUGUGGCAUGUCAGUGUGUGUGUGAGAACGCAGGGCGUAUUUGUGUGGCAGGUCAGUGUGUGAGAACCCAGGGCGUAUUUGUAUGGCGGGUCGGUGUGUGAGAACCCAGGGCGUAUUUGUGUGGCGGGUCACUGUGUGAGAACCCAGGGCGUAUUUGUGUGGCGGGUCACUGUGUGAGAACCCAGGGCGUAUUUGUGUGGCGGGUCAAUGUGUGAGAACCCAGGGCGUAUUUGUGUGGCGGGUCAGUGUGUGAGAACCCAGGGCGUAUUUGUGUGGCGGGUCAGUGUGUGAGAACCCAGGGCGUAUUUGUGUGGCGGGUCAGUGUGUGAGAACCCAGGGCGUAUUUGUGUGGCGGGUCAGUGUGUGAGAACCCAGGGCGUAUUUGUGUGGCGGGUCAGUGUGUGAGAACCCAGGGCGUAUUUGUGUGGCGGGUCAGUGUGUGAGAACCCAGGGCGUAUUUGUGCGGCGGGUCAGUGUGAGUCUGUGUUUCUUUCCCCCACACAAAGCAUUCUUCUUCUUACCUGUUUUAUCAAAAAUAAUUUGGAAUGUAUUUCUAUUUCUGUGGCCUCUGCUAACAGUCCUGUAUUUUUGCUUCUUGCCUGAAAGUUCUUUAGCAAUGGGCAGUCUUCAAAAACUGUGUGUUUAGAUGUCACAUCUGUAUGUGUAGGAUGGUUUUCUGCUUCUGUCUUGCUGGCAAUUCUAAUCUAUCUCUGCUCUUUUCUAUUUUUUGUGUAUGUUCUGCUUGAUUGUCAUUUUAUUUUUAUUUUAGUUUCCCAUAUUUUUGUCUUCUCUUUUGUUUGCCGUCACUUGUCCGUGUUUUUUCAUUUAUUUUAUUUCUUUAACAAUCUGCAGGUUAUCAUUUCCCAGAGUGGGCGUACAAGCCUGAGUCGAGUCCCGGCUCUCGCCAGAUCCAGCUAUGGCACUUUAUCUUGGAGUUGCUUCAGAAUGAGGAUUUCCGCCAUGUUAUCGCCUGGCAGCAGGGCGAAUACGGAGAGUUUGUCAUUAAAGAUCCGGAUGAAGUAGCCAGACUCUGGGGUCGGCGCAAAUGCAAACCUCAGAUGAACUAUGACAAACUGAGUCGGGCCCUCCGGUGAGUGAAUAAAAAUCCAACCACUUUACUGAUUAUAUAAAAUGUUAACGCAAUGAGGCCUGUCCUGGAGUUUGCAUUACUACGCUUUAGGGAGCUUUCAGAAGUAGUGGUGCUGGUGGGGAGGACAGAACACUGAUAGAACAGCAUGUAAUGGGUCAUCGUGUAGCAGUUUGAGAGGGAGAUGGGUUAAUAGACUUUACUUGUACCCCCCAAUGCUUGCAUUCUGAAUGUUGUGACUCUGCUGCUGGGUACUAUAUAGGGCUGGUAUUUCUGUAUGAUUGGGGGGAGGGGGGUGAGAGGUGAAGGGAAAAAAUUAAAUCCAUGUUGAAAAUCAUUUUAAAGGUACACUCCGAGCACCAUCAACUACAGCAUGCUGUAAUGUUUGACUUCUUACCCAGGAUGCCGAGCGCUGUGAGCAAAGUCAGACAGUGCACAAUCAGUUGCAGCUCUUUGCCAAUGCAGGAGAACUAACAGGAGCUUCUGGCUUUCACCGGCAGAAGGGAUCGGCAACAAGGUGGACACUAAGCGAUAAAAAGUCAGCCUGUUGGCAAACGGUUUGGCUAUUUACAGGGGGGGAGCCCUGAGCACCAAAACCACUACAACACUUUUGUGGUUGGUGGGGACUCGUUCCUUUUAAUCAAGCAAAGUAAUUCAUUCUCUAAGAGCGUGUGUCUGUCUGUCCUUCCUCAACAUUUUAAGUUCUCCAAUCCUGGCUCAAAAGUUACUCAGUACCACAAACUGAGCUGGAAAGAAUUUUUGUUUUUGACUCCAUAACACGAACUGAGCACUCACAACAGAUCUGUGUCAGAACACGUGUAGUGUCCAUGUGAGCGUAUGUAUGUAGAGUCACUGAGUUGGGCGUGUUUAUGUGAUGUAUCACAAUUCAGAAUUGGAGAGAAAGCAUUACUACAAACUGCAUGAUCACUUCAGUGAUUUUUAGGGGUCAUGGUGCCUGAAGUCUGUAUGUGCAAUGCUUCACUGUUGAACACUGCACAUUCUUAUUUUAACAUCUUUGCCAGUUGUACCUCCAACUCUAGCAGCAGCAGCAUCAUUGGCCAGCAUGGAACAAGUGUUUCUGCCUGACUGUCAAUUCCGAGGAUAUAUCUUCACGGUUACAAUCAUUGGCUGAGAGCAGUCAGCUGACAAGGUCUGUGAAUGGCCAGCAGGAUAGAUAUCUGGCUUGUGCAGCAGUGGGAUGCAUGUCACAGCCCGUAAGAAAGAAGUCUCUGCUGCAGGCUUGGUAAGAGGGCAAACUGUUGCAAAACUCUUUGCCCCGUUACCAGAAAACGGGAUGUGGGCACUCCUAGCAUCAUGGCCACUACAGCAGCUUGGAGUAACCCUUUAAUAUUAGUCUGUGCUGUUUGACUGUAAGUGCCAAGUCAGAGUAAGGGCUGCUUAUAUAGAGACUAGGUUUGCAGAGUGGCUGCAGAUGUUCUACUUGUGUCUGUUAUCUGUGCAGAGAUACCUGCUAUCAGCGUGCACUCUGCACUGUCUGUUCAUUGUACCGAUUACACAUUCUUGAUCCAUGUACUUAGCCUGCUUCUAUUCCUUCUUUCUGACUCUCACAGUAUAACAGGUGGGAUUUCAAACUUGCUCAUACAAGUGCAGGUGAGAAUUAAAUGGUGCUCACUAUAGCCACAGCGCUAUGCUUAGACAGCAAGCUUGUAACUACCAUGCUACCACACUGCAUCACUUUCUGAAAUGCCUGGGAAUUGGGGUUGAAAUAUUAAUGCCUGGUCUCUUGGGAAGAUCAGUGGAUCUUCUCAACAGGACCAUGAUGUCCCCAUUUUGAAUAUGUCUUAUCCUGUCUUAGAUUUCAAACACUAAACUGAAAUUCGUGCCGUACUGAAGAACCCAAAAAGUGCAAAACACCCGGCCAUUGCCUCCUCCGGCUGUUAUUAACUGCACUGUCUGUGCUUAUUUCAUUGAUGGAAUUUGUUUCCCGUAAGGUUGUUUGCCUUUCUGUAGGUUUCCCUCUGGUUGGUAAACAAAGGCCAGACUAGGAAAUGGAUUUAAAGAUCCAGCUAUUAGAAGACUCAGUACAGAACGAUACUGGGUGUGUCUUUCAACAGCUAAAUUCCUCAUGUAGGUGUGAUGCUGCCUAAUUUUUACUUAGCCUUCCUGUUGGUAAAUAAAGAACCUUCAUAAAGGAAAUACGACUUAUUACCCUACGUGCUCUUACUGUGAGGCAUAGUGUCUGGCAGGGCUUUGACGGUUCUCUCUAGAAUGUCUAUUUCUUUAGAAGCCAUAUUCCAUUUGAUGUAUUGUCUAACUGCUGGGUAACAUUCCCUCAAUAUUUAGUGGAAGAUAAAUUUAUAUUCUUUUUCUAAAUCUCCAUGUAAUGUACAAAAGUACCAUUUUCUGCCUGUGUCCCUGUGGCAAUCUGUGCACUCUGCUAUAGGUAGAUGAGGUUAAAUGGGCCUGUAAAUCUCUGAUGACCUGUCAAUGCUGCCUGAGGUCUUGCCUGUAGAUCCUCCAUAGUAUCUGGUUACAUACAUUUCUCCUGCAUGCCUCCUCCACAGCCACCUGUGCAGAGUACACAGGGGCCAGGAAACCUUGCUGAUAAAUAAACAGCCUGUCAUCCUCCCACCUGGAAGACCCCUUGUCCCCGAUGGGAAGCUCAGUGAUGUGUCUUGUCUAUCUUUCUGUAACCGAACUUUUACUGGAAGGACAUUUACCAAUACAAACUGAUUAUCUCAGUAUAGGAUUAUUUUGGUUUUAUUUUUCACAUCCCAGGGGUUUCCCUUUGCAAACUGUGCAUCACCCUUUCUCUUCCAAUGUUGUUAAUCUGUCCCACACAGUUACUCACUGGUGGUAAUGAGUGAGCUUGGGUGAGAUAUAAAUAUUUUAAAACCCUGUGCUACGCGUUGAGUGAAGUUAGAUCAUAAUGCUGUGUCAGUCCUGGCCUGUCUUAGAUUAGUGGGCUUUGCUGCCGUUAAUUCAAUCCCUAAACCCAUAUACCAGCAGAGAAACUGGGGAGAGUGCUAUUUUCAGCCCUUCUGCUCGGCGCCCAUGCCAGCAAUUUUCAUUAUAAAUCAGGGGAAGACCGGACAAUGAGCCGCCCCAGCACAUGUCCCUGUUCAGUCCAUGCACUGUGUGCAUCAUUGAUUUGCUGAACUGGGACACCUGCUGCAGCUCAGUGUUGCCAUGUUUCGUUUGUAUUGGGGAGGUUAACCCUGGCCGAGCCAGACUGUCUGCUUCUGCCUGGCCUCCCAAUAGAUUGCAGGGCUUUGACAGGCUUAUUCACUGAAGUUCCAAAUCUAUUUAAAGCCAAAUUAGCUGAGCUAAGAGCGUAGCUGUCUUGCACAAUUUUUCCAGCUUUAAUGUUUUGGCUUUAAUUUUAAAAUUCACCUUCAAUUAUCACUUCAGUGAAUAACCCAGUCAUCAAACACACAAAUACAGCGUGACUUACCUUGUCAAAUGCAUCUGUUAAACCUAUUCUGAUCCCUAAUAGGCACACAUGGUCAGAGGACUGGGAAAAGUUGGAGUGAUCGGGGUAUUUUUUUAGGUCUGCUUUAAAGAAGUCUGAAAAUAAAUGUAACUUUGUUAAAUCCUAAUUAAAUGAUGUAUGGUGAUAAUUUGUGUACGUUGGUAAUGUAUUUGUGAAACCCUCUUCGCUCCCUGUUUCCCAAAAGCCGUUGGUUGUAGGUGAAGUGGAGUUUGCCCACUAAGCAAUCUUCUGUUUCCCUAAUCAUGUGUGUUAACAGCUGAUAGUAUGUGUAUCUGGCCUAUACGGACAGGCAGUUUCCUUUCCUGUUUCCUCAAGGUGCUAACUCUGGUUAUGGUAUCUGACAUGUUCACGCAGGGCGUGUGGACUUUGCCUUUAAUCCAUUAACUGCGCCUUCUCACUACACGAUCCGUCCUCGUUGACGCAGAAAGCCCUGGAAACGAGCACACUGCCAGAGCUUUUAUUUUCCUCUGUGUGUUUAAAAAAAAAAAAAAAAAGCGUGUGUUUGUCCAAUUCUAAAAAAGUCAUUAAAAGAAUGUGUCCAUUCAGGAAGCUUGUAAAAUAACUUUCUAAACCUCUUCCAGGAGACAUUCUUCUAAAAUAGCAAAAUCUAGAAUUCCCUUUUAUUGACUCACUCUGAGAAAUAGUUAGAAAGUGUUUGAAGUUUUCUAUGGUCUAUGUAGUGCUGUGUAUCUAUAUAUGUUAUCUCCUCCUUUGUUAGGUGCUACCAUUGCAGAUGGUUUAAUGGAUCUCUCCAUUACUGAUAACUAGCCCUAAGCAGGUUUACACUCUGACAUUGUAUCAGACCCCUGAGCUAGACGUGGCAUUUCAUGCAAACUAACUUUUCGCAUGAUCUAUUGACACAAGUGUUUGGCCUGUUUUGUGGGGUUUUUUUUUUGUUUUUUACUUUUACAUUAAGGUGGUUUCGCUGUUAUAGAAGUUAAUUUCAUAUAAAUGUGUUUUUAUGAGGUGCCUGUGCAGUGCAGCACCUUCUGUUCCUGUAUGUCCAACUUGCGUGUUCACAGGGCAUUUCACAGAUGAAAGUCUACUGGGGCUAUUAAAGAAUGUGAAUUGGUUGCAGUACUGCCAGUGAAAUCCUAUGCUUUUUAUUAGUAAUGAUGGGGUAAUAUCAUAACAGCAUUUUGUUUGUUGUGCUCAGUUUGCUAAUUGUGUUCAUUUACCUCUUUCUAGGUAUUAUUACAAUAAAAGGAUCCUUCAUAAGACAAAAGGGAAGAGAUUUACCUACAAAUUCAACUUCAACAAGCUUGUAAUGCCCAAUUAUCCUUUUAUCAACAUCCGACCCAAUGGUAAGAGAAUGAAUUGCUCGACCUUGACUGUUUCAUGUUCUAAUUGGUCCUGUAAGACCACUCUGUGAGCCGCUCUGCAGAUUGAAACUUGGACUAUUCCGAACGCUUUGUUAAAGCUUCGAGGCUCCCACCUUCCAUCCAGUUCAGAGCUUCUCCUGUUUUGUGUGGUUUUUGUUCAACUGUAUAAUAUAUCAAAGCUGUGAAGCACCCCUUUACAAUUAGGGGCUAUCUAUCUAAUUAUAAAAAGGAUUCAAAGUGAGCCACUACAUUUUAAUAGGGUUUUUUUUGUGCCUUUUUUCUAGAAUAGUCUUUUGGUAAUACAGAGCGCUGUAAUAUUUGUAUGAUUUAGGGUGUGUCAAGUUUGGGCAGUUUCUCUCUUUCUAUAAUUGUUUGAUUCUCAACACCUUCCCCCAAGGCUAACCUGCAGAAUGCUCCUUGUUCUGGAAUCUAGAUGAACAUUUAGAUUUUUAUUUUCUCUUUCCUGCCCAAGGCAGAGCAGACAGGAAACACAACCUGGUGUAUGGAGCUAAAAUCUGGUCUCAAUUCUGCUCUUACUAGUAGCGGUUUAUGUGAAUGCGAAAACUACAAAAUGUUGUUCCAAACAGUCAUGUUUUCUGCUUGACUGCACUUGUAAAUAUUACUUUCAAAGAGUUGUUUGAAAGAGUUGUAGAAAGCUCUUGCGUUUUUUUUUUUGUCUGGUAAUUGGCAUGUCCAUAUGUAGAAGAUACUAAAUGUAAUACAGAAUUAAGUGUUCCUUUUUCAUAAUCUUUUUAGUGUAUAGUCACAUUCUAAAAACAACCCUUAAAUGCAAAGUGAACUGAAUUCCUUUCAAAGUUAAGGACAAAUCAAUGGAGUUAGGGUGGAUGGGAUCAUUUUAAACACAGUUUCUACUGGUUAGUUGAUGUCUAGCAUUUCAACUAGUAGGAAGUAGUGGGCGGCAUUAAUUUAUUGUAUUCUAAAAUGGGGCAAGCAAAUGCAAAAAAUGGGGGGAAAGAGGGGAGGAGUAGUGUUCUGUUUUCAACUUUUUAGGUUCCUGUCGAUGCAGUAAAACAUGUUCUAUAUAUUGUGGGAAUUCCUUAAGUCACUUUUCUAUUUGGAUUUCUUGCAGGUGCUGUCCCCCAGAGCGCACCACCAGUUCCAUCAGCGUCUUCCCAUUUUCCCUUCUCAUCUUUAGACUCUCCUAACGAAGAUGCAAGAGGGGGUCGGUUUUCUGGAGGAUCUACUGCACAGUCCAGCCAUGAAUCUUUAAAUGAGGUCUGUGAACGCAAGCCAAAUCCUAUGGAAUCUGAUGAAGUUUCUUCGGAUUGGCGUCGUGGAGUAGAACUCAUGUCUCGAAAUGCUGUAGGAUCAGGUGUGCAUGGCCUUCAAAAGCACAAAUCAGACAUGAUGCUCCCAGUUUUCUCAAUGCCAGGAAUGUAUCCAGAACCCCACAGUCCUUUCUCUGUGUCUCCUCUAGCAGGACGAGGUGGCAUGCUUAACGUACCAAUCUCACCUGCCUUGUCUCUAACUCCAUCAGUCUUUUCCUACAGUCCUUCACCCGGACUAAGCCCAGCUUUCCAGAGUGGCAGCUGCUUUAAUUUCAACCCAGAAGAAAUGAAACACUACCUGCAGGCCCACGCUUGCUCUGUUUUCAACUACCACCUUAGUCCCCGGACUUUACCAAGAUAUCCUGGAUUUAUGAUCCCACCUUUCCAGCGUCCCUUUCCACCAGAGGAACAGCAGUCCUUCCCUAUAAAACUGCAACCCCCUCCAAUGGGGCGUAAGAACCGUGAACAUAGCCAAAGUUCUGAAGACAAGCAUCUUGUCACCCAGCCUGCUCCAGUUCUUCCACCAAUGAAGGUGGAGCCUAUUUCUGACGACGAACCACUUACUGAUGAGGAUCUAGAUUUUUCAGGCCAUAGUAGUGAUGAGGAACAAGAUAAACCGAUAAUGAGAGAAGAUAUGGAGAAAGCAGCGCAUACAUUUGUCAAACCAGCUACUCCACCCCGGUCACCUUUCCCACAAGGACCUACUAGAGUUGGCUACUCUAAAGAGGGUGCAGAGCAGAUGGUUGAACCUGGAGAUAAAGCAGCAAAAGACGUUUCUGUCGAAGCAGUUGCUGUAGAAAAGAAAGAAGACUCUCUGCCUCCAAAACUGCGCCUUAAACGUCUCUGGAACGAAGAUCGUCAAUUGGAGGCUGUUGAGGAUAAAGAGUGUCGUAAAGUCAGCUGCAUUAUCAGUUCUAUCCGGACUCCUGUAAUCUCUACAGAACAUAAGGCACUGGCUGCAGCUGUGGACUCUUAGUACUGGAAUGGAAUCAGGAAAAUGAAAUUCUAUUAAUAUUAUCCUAUUUAUGUAGCACUGCUGCAGAAAGGGUUGGGGGUUAAAGGCUUGGUUUUUCAUUAAUUCCCAGAUUUUCUUAAUGUUGCAGGUGAUGCUUAUUUUAAAGGGUUUUUUUUUAUUUUAUAUUUGAUGUUUCAGGGAAACCAAUACCUCUUAUAAAGAGGUAACGACUUAAUGUAGAAACAAAAACAGAUCUGCAAUUUUUUUUACAUUGCUUUUCUUCUGUUGUGCUUGUUAGGUGAAAACAUCUACUUUUUAUUAAUCCUGAUUUAGAUAAUGAUCUGACUUGUCGGAUUGCAGCUUUUAUUAUAAUCUGCUAGGUUUGUUUUGUUGUGUAUUUUGUUUUUUCUUAUUAUUCAAUCAGAGAAACUUUGCUUCUGAUAUUUGCUGAACACUUACAUUUUAGUGUCUUGUUUUAUUUUUUCCCCUCUUUUUAGGGUGCUGCUGUCCCCCCUUAGGUGUUUUGUUGUUUGACACUAAAUCUAAAGAUUUUCAACCAAGGAAAGUGUGUAUUAACAGUAAAACUUUGCACCAAUUACAACUGAGUGAGUGGGAGAGAAACUAUUUGGGUGUUUUUGUUUUGGGGUGGGUGGGUUCCUUUUUGUGAUGUGAGGGGGCUGAUUGGACAAACCUAACUAAUUACAUACCAAAUGUGCUUUUCUCUUAUUUUUAUAUUGCAUUGUUGACAGGGGGGAAAAAGUUCUAGUGAUUUUUUUUUUUUUUUGAUAUUUUUUUUUAACUAAAAAAACAAAUUCUCUUGUUGAAACAGAGCACUUAUUUUUGUGCAGUUGGAUAACAAAAAUCUCUAUUUUUCUGUAUUUGCUGCCUAUUUUGUGUAUUUUUAAUGAAACUAACUUGGUGUAAUUACCAAAAAUGCUUUAUCUGAGUAAUGAUUCCGAACAGCCGAAUAUCAGGAUGUGCAACUUGAGGUUUUAAGAGGUACAGGAAGUAGGGCUCAACAAAGAAGGAAGGCAGGGGGAAUGAAAUCAACGAUCUGCUUUAUUCCAGCUGCUUGCCUUCCCCUUCUGUCAUGUACCCUUAUUAGCAGAAGUCUGCUUGCGUUUCCUUCUGACGUGUGUGACAUUCCUAGCAAUGAUUGUGGCUACAUUAUUUUUUAUAGUAACUUGAAUUUGUGGAAGUCUUUGUAUUGAGUACUCGGAACAACAAAACAAAUUAAAAAAAAAAAAAAAAAAAAAAUCCGCCCUCAAGUAAAUGUAUUAGAGUGGUGCAAUAUUUUUUUUUUUUUUUUUUUUUUAGUUUGAUUUAAAUUUUGUCAGCCCAACCUUAACAUUUCCCUGGUCAUGAACUCAAAGUUGGCACAAUUCAAAUGGCAAGACAAAAUGAUAAUGGUGGAAAUUAACUUCCAUCACUCAAUGUCAAUGUUGGGGGGGAUGGAGGAGAAACCAGAGUUGAUGUUGCUUGAUGUGUGGUUAUUUUAUGCAUUAACGUAUGGAAGUAGUUUUAUUGAACGCUGUAGCAGAGGGAACUAUUGCCUGCUCAAUGGUGCAGUAUGUGUCCCUCUCAUGGCUUUGUGGUUGAUCCUAAUUGCCUGUUAUCCCCAGUAAUCCAUCUUUGCCUUUUCGCAAUUUUAUUUUUAGAGCAAGGAAUUGACUCAAUAAAGAUAUUUGACAGCAGAAUUUGAAAAUGUAGUUGUAACAGUUAAAGAAAAUCUCCCAACAAAUGCUAAAAUGAACCCACUGACUAGUGUGUUUUGCCUGAAACCUGUUUAAUUCCAUAUAUGCCAUUCAAAUAUACUAUGCUCCCCUACUUUUUAACCCUUUAAAAUGAUGUAGUCCAUAUUGGAAAAUGUAUUCUUACAUUGACAUUCCUUCAUUCUUGAAUAGGUUUUGAUUUGACUUUUUUUGAAACCCUUAAGCAUGAAAUCUCACCCAGGAAGUGUUUAUAUAUACAUUUUAUAAUGCUUUUGUAGAUUUAAAAAAAAAAAAAAAAAUAUUCAGGUAGAAAAGUUGUGGAACCAGGUUGUGACAAAAUUGGAAGUGGCUUGAGGCGGUUGUGCGAAGUAAUAGAUUUUGGCAGGAUAAAUGCGUUAAUGGCUCCUGUCACAAACUGUUUACAGCAGGACUAUAGAUCAUAAACAUUCAAAUUGUGCAAUUUUUUUCCAAAAUUGAUGGGAAAAAUUCCUGCCGGCAGAGACUCAUGUAGUUUGUGUGAUGUUAUGGUAUAGUGUCACGUGUUGUACUGUUUUGGGGGGAGCUGCCCUAUCUGACAAUACCUGCAGUUAGAUAGGCCCCCAAGAGUGAUUGGAGAUACUGAGGCAGUUUUUAUAGGAGGAAGCAGAUGCUGAGUCCAGGAUAAUUACUUGUUCCUAGUGCCAGGCUUGUUCAGGUGAGGGGAAGGUGGUCACAUCUUCACUGUGUUGGCAUAGAGGCAGUAUGGUAAUUUGUGACCUGGGCAGGCCAGGAAUGACUCCAUGGCUAUAGCAGAUUGCUAUUGGUGCCAGUGAUAUGUAGUAAACCGUGCCCUAGCAAAGUUUUAUUUUUGCCUUGUUAGGUUGCCAGCUGCCCCCUGCUUUGUCUAAUAAGUCGAUAGUUUAUUAAAAUUGAACUAUAAAAUUAGAGGAUUGUAUUCAGAGCGUUGGGUGGACGUUCUGGUAGUGGUCAUACAGUGAAGCUGUAUAAAAGAUAAUUUAGCCAUCUGAUCUGUCUAUCCCCAUCUAAAACGCAUGCCUUGGUCUUGAUCAAAAUAGUCUGCCCAAAGAAUUCAUCAAAGCUUCCCCUACUCAGGACACUGGUUUAGAUAAUGCGUCAGGGUUUCUCCACUUCCCAACAAAAAAACAAGAUCGCUUACACCUCAAGACACCGCCUGACCCUGUGUUACAUAGUUAAUCACUCCUCUCGUCAUAUUGUGCCAUUGACGUUUUUUUAUUGAUUUUAUCCUUGGGCUUUAAGUGUUGUAUUUCUCGUCUGUCUGGCUUGUCGAGACUGUAAAUCCCAGAAUGCUUUCUGAUAUAACUGUCAGAACAUGAUGGAUGAUGUAGUCCCACUUUAUUUUUUAAAGGCAGAAGUUCAGAUAGGUUGACUUGGUAAAAAUUACUGACACGGACUGUUUCACUGCUACCUGCGGAGAGGUUUCCUCUCCUUUAGAUCAGUGUAGGACCUCUAGCUACCUGUUGCAAUUUGAUCUAAAAAUGGCUGCAUUCAGUAGCUGGAGAUAUGCCCCAUCACAGAUCACGCAAUAUUGAGGUAAUUACAGGGCACAUUGUGAUAUCCGACUGGAACAGCAGGGUUGUGUGAAAUGGCAAAUACAUCUAAAGAGGUUUCCGAAAGAGAGAUUUCCCCUAGCCAUUAGAAGCACAACUCCCAUGAUGCUUUGCCAGCAUAACAUGAUCUACAUCAUUACACAACCUUUCCAUAGAUUAAAAGGGAGUGUUUUAACAAACGCUUUGAAUGCAGUGUACUAGAAGGAAGUGUCAUGGAAAAAUUCCCACAGGAGGGUUUUUUUUUUAAUUUUUUUUUUUUUUUUUUUUUUACCGUUUAAAACAUCUAAUUUAGGCCUUUGUCCACAUUUACACAAAUAUCCUGGUCAUGACAAUCUUCUUAAACUUGAUAGAGAUAUAUAUAUAUAUAUAUAUAUAUAUAUAUAUAUAUAUAUAUAUAUAUAUAUAUAUAUAUAUAUAUAUAUAUAUAUAUAUAUAUAUAUAUAUUCCAUUAGUUUCCAAAGAUACUUUCUUUAGUUUGUCCUUUCCCCAAAGCUACAUUAUUUUUGGCUGUCUGAUGCUAAUUUGGGAAGCACUUUCUCACCCUUCUGAACGGAUAUAUUUGCUCCCUCCCUCUCCAGUUUUUCUUUAUAAAUCUAUUGCACCUCAGGCCUGCAUUUCAAAAUAUCACUAUAUCCACUGGUGUUUAAGCAUCAAAACAAAUCUACAAAAAUGUAUAUAAAAGCAAAACUUGCUGCUUAUACUGGCAAGCGGCAGAAAUACCUUCACACCAGGAAGAGGCUCCACCAAUCAGGCCCCUGCCUUUCAGGUUUCUGGGCUCUGAGCUUAUCACAUAGGCUGUUGAUUUAUUCACAGCCAGAAAUGUGGUGAAUAGUGGUGUCAUGCAUUAUGCCACGUUCUGCUGGUGGCAUGUACCUUAUGCAAUUACGUAGACAUGUUUAAUGAUAAAAUAGGACAUUUUCCACCUCCUUUAUGUCCUUGUCAUAGGGGGCUCUAUAGCGGUUUGUUUAGCAAAUAAUUGAUUAAAACACACAGGGGCAGGGGAUCUCCUCACACCAUAACUAACUAUAGGCACGUAAAAUUUUCUGGUACUUUGUGACCCACCAUUCCAAAAACAUAGAUAAACUUACCAUAGCGUGCUUUGAUUGUACUGCUGCUAAUUCAUUUGUUUGUCUAUGGCUUGUUACUUUACUGUUCAGUUUCCUGCUGAGACAGGUUUUUUUUGUAAUGGGAUUGUUUAGCUUCUGUAAUUUCCCUUUGUCACAUUCAAGAAUGCAGUCAGCCUGGUCAAUGAUCUUGUAGAGGCACUGAUUUUGUCUCUUCCGUGUAUGGAACCCGGUAUAGGAGUUCAAUUUCCGUUUUUGUUUAAAUUCCUAGUGUAUGAGUUGAUUGUUGCAAAACAUAGCCAGAGCUUUGACCUGAAUUUUUCAACUGUGUUAUUUGAAGGGACACUAUAAAUCUGUAUUCCUAACUUCAUAUUCUCCUUUUCUCUUGUCAGAUUAGCGGCCCCUAAUGUCUGCAGUGUAAUUUAUAAAAAAGUUAUUUUACUCCCCUUCUCUAUAGCGUUGUCUUCCUCCGCGCUGCAGCCCGCUCCACCUUUCUUGACUUCAUCUUUACCGACCGUAGGUACAUGCGCAGAGAUCCAUUAAUGAUUGUAUGUCCGAUGACUGUACUGCGCAUGCAUGCCUUCAUGGUAUGCCUGGGUAUGAGAGCCAGGAAGCAACCAUCCCAGCUCUCCUAUCCAGGGCUUGAAGGCAUGGCUUGAAGCCACUGUAACUAGUCAAAGUAUUUUGGGGGGCAAUUUCCAAUGGGGACUACUGUAAGUACUAGAACAACUUUAAUAACAUUAAGUUGUCGUAGUGAGUGCCGUGUUCCUUUAAGAAGGUGAAUAUUCAAAAUUCAUUUAAAGUUAAGUUCUUAACGGAAAGCAUAGCUGACUUUGAGAAUGUGUUUUUUGUUUGGCCUAUUUUGACCAUCCGUUUGAAAUUUCACUUCUGUUUAGUUAAAGGACCACUAUAUUGCCAGGAAAACAAACUUGUUUUCCUGGCACUAUAGGGUCAUUAGGGCCCCACUCCCGCCCCUUCAGCCACUUACCUUUCUCCAGCUGUUUGUACAAAUAAAAUUUCUGGUUAUUGUUGAAUGAGAAUCAAACCAAAUCUUACUUCAAAUCCUUUUUAAAGGGUUUUAAUUUGGUCCGUUAAUGAACAAACUGAUUAUCAGAAAAGAUACAUUCAGUGAUUAGUGGGAAUUUUAAUUGGACAAAUAGUUUGGAACACAUUUUUGUGCAAGUUUGUCUCAUAUUUUAUUUGUUUGUAUACUUGCCGGGCUGUCAUUGGUGUAACUUCGUUUUCAAUUUCUCCAUUUAAAUUGGGUAAGCACAAUUGUAACAUCCCACAGUGGCCGUGCAGUGCUUAAUGCUGACUUGUCAUCCGUAAAGCGAGGGUGGAACUGUGCCUAACCCUCUUGCCUCACUCCCAAUAUUGGACGGCAUCUCCUCUUUCCUGGCAGCAAAUUUUCACCUUCUCAGACAUUACUUGGGGAGGCCGCAAUUUGUCACCCUGCUGUAAUAUAGCCAAGGACUUACAAUACUGUAUGUUGUGUUUGGCAUCUCUCCAGAGCAGUCGGGCAGUUUUAGGAAGAUAUAAAUGUAAAUCUGCAUACAGCUGGCCUUUUCCUAGCUCAUUUUAAGUUUGUUUGGGGGUUUUUUGGUUGUUUUUUUUUUUUUGGAAGGGGGGUACUUUGGUGGGGACAUUUUUAUAGCCAGGUAUGUUUGGUCGACCAAUUAUAUUUUAAAACGUGCUUUAAAUGAGCAGCUGAUGGUAUUAAUAGGACCUGUUUUAAAAAAUAUAUUCAGUAUAGACUUGUCAUCUUGAAAGAUGAAGCAGGGAAAAUAGUAUUGAAAUACUAAAACCACUUUUUGUCUGGGUUUUUUUUUUUUUCAGUUUUGUUUUCCCUUAAACAACUUGCUGCUAGAACUCCCUUGAAAAGACCCCACGUUAUUGUAGCCAGUUCCGGUAACUUUUGUGUUUCUCUCCCAGCAGUUUUCUUAGCCUCCUGUCUUUCUAUCCUCCUAUGGCAGCUGUAUGUGGGGGGUGUAUCGUUAAAGCCAGACAUGGCAGGUCCCCCCCUGAGCCCAGUUUAUGGCUGGAGUAGAUAAUUCAGAGGGUUCUCUCAGCCAGUUUCCCAAUUUACAUCCACUCUGUCUUGCAGGAGGUUCUUGUAUUACUGCUGACAACCAUUUGAAACCGAUUGUUUUGGGUGUUUUUAUCCUCUGCAUAUGGACCCUUUUAUUUAGAUUAUGCACUGUUAAUAUUUCAGUCAGCUUAGAUAUCCAUUGACAAGGAUGAAGUGUAUACUCAGGAACAUUACAAAAUCGCCAUAAAGGCCUCCUCGUCUGAUUGCAAAGCCCUGUGUCUGCGGUUUACUUCAAAUGCAGAAUUCCCUCUUCCCAAGUGCCAGGUAUUUGUAGAUGCUGCUUUUUCUCCAGGCAUAGGCUUGCUGUUUGUAUAAUUAAGUGUUUUUAGUUAAAUUUGAUAUUAACAUUAAGUUAACUUUCUAUAUUUUAUUAAUGGGUGGAGGGAAGCAGAAUUGUAGAUAAGUGCACUUCACUUAGCGUCAAUGUUGCUGUGUGGUGUUGGAUGAGCAUCCCCUAGUGUUCACUCUUUGCUAUUGCAACUAUUUUUGUAAUGCAGCUUAUUUAGAGUUUUGUGCUGCCCUUUGGGGGUUUAUUUUUAUUAACAAAGUGUGCCAAAUAUAUUUAAACACCAACACAGGGGCUCAAACAGUACCCCUAUUUAGAAACACUAAUUGGGCUUUCGGCCAAGCCAGCAGAAGUGGGUGCAUGAAGGUGGAUUUUUAGAAUAAAGCAUUAACCCUGUAUUAUCCCUAAACAAGCACUUCACCUAUUGCUGGCCUGUGUAUCAGCGAAAUAACUCUGCUUUCACAGCCAUCUCAGACUUUUCAUACAUGCACAUACAGACUAAUGGGAUAGAAAUGCAAAACAUGUUCUAAAAAAAAAAAAUCAAAAGUAUUGAUAGUGUUGCAAGUACCAGGUAGUAUCCAAAGGUCUAUACAAUCAUUGCAUCUUAUGCUGUUUUACAUAUUGUCAGCUCCUUCAUGCUCUGAUAUCGGAAGCGUGCCUCCAGCCCAGUAGACAUUACUGUAUUAAUGAUGUCUGGUAUCAGUAUUUGGCUGAAGAACACAACGCAGGAUGUUCUCAAUCACCUGCUCACAUCUAGAACAAAAUAGUAUUUGCAUUUCUGCAGCCAAAGCUGUGUUUGAAAUGAUUCCUCUGUGGUUGAUUGUCCUUUAUUAUGUUGGAGUUCUAGGUUUUAAUUCUCACCCUCCCACUUAUUUGAAAAACGACAUGGGGCAGAUUUUACAUUUGACUCUUCCCGCGUUUUGAAUUUUGACAUUUUGGUUUAACUAAUGAAUUAGCCCCACUCUUUGACACAAGUGGGUUUUGUACAUAAUUUGUAUACUUGCUGAUCUGUGCAGUGCCUUUUAGACGUCGCAAUUUUCUAUAAAGUCUUCAAAACACAACUUUUUUUUGUUUUGCAUAUAUAUUAUAUAUAUGAUGUAAUGUUAUAUAGAAAUAUAUGUAUAAUAUACAUAUUUUUCCCAGGGGUAUGUGAUAGCUCUGUAUUUUGUAUGAAAUUUGUAAGUAAAGUAUUUUACCUCAAAUUUAAGAAUUAAAGUAAAUAAAAACUCCCUUUUCAAUAUGUUUCCUGUGUGAUGUGUUUUGCUUUUGUUUUGUGUUUUUGUAUUGGUGUUGGAAUAGAAUAUUCAGAGAUGUUCAGAAAUUCAUCUUACAAAGGUGACUGUGCCAAGUUACUGUUACUGGGUUAGCAGGAUAGGCAAAUAUUCUGGCAAUCCUUUCAGAGAUUUUAAUGUAGCUUUCCUGGUCAUGGUGGUUUUAAGUCCAAUUCCCAGGCUAACAUCCACACCCAGAGCAGAUAUCCCAUGGCAGAGUAUUAAAGGAGCAUAUUCUGUGCAACAAGCAGGUAAGUGACCUUUUAAUUCAUUCCGCAGAUAUCACCUGGGCCAGCAUUGUGUUUAUAAGUUACUUCAUAAUGUGGUCUUCUAGGAGUAGAACGAUUUCACAACGUACUCCUUGAAUAACUGUUUUUUUGUUUUUUUUUGGAGGACUGCAGCUACACCCAUGGCUUACACAGUAUAUAUUUUUCCUUAAUAAAACUAUACAAGCCCUGCAAACAGUCAUGAUUUAUUCGACAAAGGUCUUUCUGAUUUGACAUAAUAGGGGUGCUAUGUUUGGCUGAAAGGUUUUCAGAUGCUGUCUGGUUGGGGCAGAACUCGAUACGUUCCACCAUGUUUCAUGUUAUAUACAAAAAUAGUUGUGCAAGCUGGAUUGUAAGCUUGUUUGAGCAGAAACCGUUCAAUCUUUGGUUACAAAAGGCAAUAAGCACGCAUACAAUGGUGUACAGUCUAGUUAAUCAGUUGUUGAUUAUGCAAGAAAGAUUCUUACCUCUGGCCUAAAACCUUCUGUUUCUCUAGGUCCUUCGCCGAUGGCUGAUUUUCCCCCCUCUUUCUAUGGCAUUUCAGGUUUUAUUCCUCACUCAGACAGGGAAAGCAUAACAAGCAAGUCACGUGCAGCUGUAUUGAUCUGCCAGGUUACUCCAUUUCACCAUUAUUGAUCAUGCAAUUGCUCGAUCUCAGAUCUCAUUUAGACCUUGCGUUCUUCUUCUAUUGCUUUUCACUUUCGUGCUUCGUUUCGCCGCUCUAACACCGUGACCCGUUCAAUAAUGAUAAAAAGCUGCUUGGUCUCUUCAGUAUCAAAAGGUUGGUUAAUUAUCAAGUUCAGAGCUCAAUGUUUUAAGAAAAUUGUUUUGUUUUUUUGUUUGUUUUUUUCACCCUAAAGUCCUAUCGCCGUCAUGUAUUUAUAUUGGUGGGUUCUUGUAUCUACAACCACAGCCUUUAAAAUUGUUACUUUAUUUGUUGUGGACUUUGGUUUUUUGGGGGGAGGGGGGGUUUACCCCAAGUGUCAGUUGGAUUUUAAAAUUAAAGUGAUUACAUUAAAAAAAGUAACUUGCAUAGUUUUAAGAAAAUUUGCUCUGACCUGGUGUUAAGCUGUUGAAGAAAAGGGGUUAAUUUAACAGGAAAUAUUUCCUGUUCUAGAGAUUUAGAGGCAAAUUGGAGAAAUAUUGCAAACUUACAAGGUUACUAAAACCAUGACCACUACAGAUCGUUGUAGUGUUGUAGUGUUGAGGAUGUUAGGAGUACCUUGGUUCAAUUCCCUGAGUAAAGGAGCAAACAUUCUUACAAUGAUCCACAUGGCGCUUGGUCUUUACUCAAGCUGGUUUACAAUAUCCGACUUGUGCAGAAGCUAGGUGCUGAUUCUGUCGGCCAUUCAUUGGCUGAGCGGGUUAGCUGAUCACUCAGCCAAUGGUAGUAUGCACAGAAUCGACAUUAGCCAGCCUGGAACUAUGGUCCAGGCUGGCUAAUGAUUCCCUCCCAAACGCUGUAAGAUAUCAACACUUCUGUCAUCAGAAAGGUUAAACUGUAUACAUGCAGAGUUUCAUAGUGUAACACUGCACAUACAGAUAUCUGGCACCAUGACCACUUCAAGACACUGAAGUGGUCAUUGUACUUUCUGUAACCAAUUAAUUUUUUUUUUUUUUUGAGUAUUGUCAAGUGAAAUUACCGUAACUUGUUUUGAGUUUUCCCCCACAGAACACCAAUUCUGUCCUUGUAACAAAAGUAGAAAAAAGUAACUAAAAUUGUGUUGCCCAUUUUUACUCAAUAUAGAGUAAAAUGUUCUAAUUGGAAGAUUUUGAUUAAAUUCCCUGUAGUAGCUUUAGAUAAUCUGCCACAAAUAAGCACAAAGGAAAGUUUGAGAACUCUAAUCUAAAUUCUCUUGUUUUUCAGUAGAGCUUCGUAGUAGCAUUAUGGGUUUAUAGGCCAUAUAAUUCAUUGUUUGAGAUUUGGUUGCAUUCAGCACGUAGGUUGAAUGGAACUUCUGGCAUUUGUAGGUCUAAAACAUCUGGGGAUCUAUUUUUGGGCAAUCCUGUUCUAAAAUUUUAGUGACUAGCUCUGUCAUGCAUCAGGUGUGUUACUAGUUCUCCAAUGUGUUUUUCCUUUUGUGGGUCCACUUGUUAUAUCCAUAAUCAAUGCCCAUGUUUGUCUGAAUUUUUUUUUUUCUUUUGUAACUGACCAGUUUGUCAUUAUGAACUGGUGCAGGACUCGUCACCACCUUCCUCAAAAAGGGCUAUCUUCACUAUGCCAUCCAUUCCCUGCUGUGCCUUCCAGCUAGAGAGCCUGCAACAGCUUCUCUAAAAUGCUCAUGGAGCAGUGUAAGGCUCUCCCAGGUACAGUGUGCCCCACCGAGAGCACCACUGGACAUUUUAUGGAACUGUGACUCGGCUCACAGUAGUGCUGCGGUCCGGUCAGCUCUCGGCUCCAAGACACUAGUGCUAUUUGGAAGGGAGACAAGGCAUCCGGCAAUAUCAAGAACUUAACACCUUGAGGACCAAACUUCUGGCAUAAAAGGGAAUCCUGACAUGUCACACAUGCCAUGUGUCCUUAAGGGUGCUCCAUCACAAUCCAUCUUUUGUAAUCAUGUCUUUCCACUCAGCUGCCUGGAAUUGUACACUGGAUCAUAGGAUAGUCGUGGUCUGGCUAAAACAUUCUCUUCAACUUGCUUGGGCUUGAUACCUCUGAUCAGACUGCUCUGUGGACUGGUUACUUCACCAGAGAAGAGCUUCACAGGGAUAGUAAAUGUUUGGUGAUACUAUGUGGGAAAGCUGUGUUUUAGAGUAACAGUAUGAUGGGUGCCUUGGUGUCUAGCCGUUAAUUACCCUGAUGCAAGUAAAUUAUGUCCCGGACACCAUGAUUGUGCAUGGUGUUGAUACUGAACCCCCUGUAAGGGCAGUUGUACAAAAAGCCAUUUGUCACCAAUAAAGUCUGUUUACUCUGCAUUAAGCCUUGGCUGAUGAUUAUGGGGAAGAGUUAUAAUCACUUGUGGGGCUUUUACAGAAGGGAAAGGAAAUCCCUGGCUGCGAUACUCUGGCAGAGUAGGAGAGGUCCGCUACAUAUGUGAACAUUCCAAGCACCAUAACCCUUACAGCAUGCUGUAGCGCACCAUUUCAAAUUAUUUGAAAUUGUGAGACCCCUGAUAAGACAAUGUAUUUCAGACUAUUCCAUUGAAACAUACCUCUUCCAGAAAGUGUGGCACGUCAAAUUACCUGUCUCUCCCUCCAUGUGACCGUUCCUAUGUGGCCCAAACCAUUAACACCCACCGUAAGCUGGUAGUGGAGUCCCGCUGCAAACCUUCACACCAUGUUACUUCAACCUGCAGUGGUCACGUCCGUGCUUUGGAGUGCUCAUGGUACAAAGAGCCUGUAUGUGCAGCGUUACAGUAUAAAAGGCAGCACUUACUGUGAUUAUUAACUAAGCCUGGAAUGAGAGUUCACCUGGCUCGCUGCCUGGUAGGACCCAGGUAAAAGACAAUCUGUAGCAAAAAGCAGACUGCUUCCUUAUCAGGAAACAGAACUAGAGUACUCUGGGUAUCAUAACCAAUACAGCAGAUUGGAGUAGUUAUGAUGAUCAGAGUAACCCUUUAAUACUCUAAUUCAGGACAAGGUUUAUGUUCUGCUGCACAGUGUAAAGUCAAGGAUACAAAAGUCUUCCUACCCUUCUGUCUUUGUAGUAAAUGAAAAGUUGCUAUUAACUGUGCAGACAUGAAAACCACAUUUCUGUCUCUUGAUAUUUCUCUGCUUUCAUUGAUGUUAUCUUAUCCAUCUAAUAGUGUGUGGUAUCGGCCCUUAUUAGGGUAAAAAAAAAAAAAAAAAAACUUUCUCACAAAUAUCACCUGCACGCAUUUUAGAUGAUGGAAUGAUAGUUUGGCAUCUUGGUUGGACAUUCAAUCACAACUCCCAACUGUCCUUGUUCCAGUUUUGGACCACCUGUAAUACAGCUGUUUCUUCUAGGGAUACCACAGAGACAUAGUGUGCAGGUCAGUGUUCCUAUACCAUGCAUUCUACAUAGUUCUGCUCUAAGAGCACGGCGGCCUGUCUUGUGGCAGGUAUCACAUGCUCCCUUUCCAUCUGUUAAUUUCCAUGUUUGCAAAGCAGCCUUGUGUAUUUUGCAAUUGGUGGUUUGCACCACUUGCCUGCUCUCUAUAGCAUGGCAGCUGAUCAAGAUGGGGACAUGAGCGGACAUCAGGAUACGCCCCACCACGUCAGUACUAGCUGUUAAAGAUAAGCCACCAAUAGCGUUUUUUUCUCAACCAUUGCUGCUAUGAAAGCAUUGGUUUUAAAUGAAAAGGGCAAAUUGGACAUAAUUUGGAUGCCCUUUAUUGAUUCCAUGGGAGAAUUUUGUUGCCCACUAUGAGAUUCCAGAGCAGUCUGCAUGGGUCACAACUAGACUUAGGAAAAUUUAGUUGGAAGCAGAGUAAAAUAAAUUUGGUUUGUUUGCAAAGUGCCACAUUUUUUGCACGCAGCUUCACUACAUGUAAACCGAUUCGGAUUGAUUUACCGGGUAUUUUAUUUAGACAAUCACUUAAAACCGAUUUUUGCAUAUGUCUAGUCUCCAUGGAAUGUUGAGUCACCCUGCAGAGCCCCACUACAUGUUUGUUUAUAUUACCCAUGAAGUCUAUGAAAUAAGUUAAAGUAUAUCUCUCAUACUACAUGCAUGUUAAAAAAAAAUAAACAAAAAGUACAUUAAAUUGCAUAUGUGAAUUAUAUUUCUGGUAACUGUAUAUAUUAGAAGAAUAACUCUAUAAGCAAAGAUUCCUCCCUCACAUAUGAAUGAUUUGUUGAUAUAAGGUGUCUUCCCAAUAGCAUCUCUAUCUGUGACAACUGAUGGCCAGAGAUGACUUCUCCGGCACGGCAUAUUGGGUUACUAGAGGAACAAUUCGCAAACACGACCAAUUGCUCCAGAGAGGUCGUAAAAUAAACAGGAGUAAGUGUUGGGUGUUCACAGGUGCUACAUCAACGCUCUGUGUCAUUUCAAUGAUCGCAGAGCUGAAGACUCACUGAGUACUUAAAAUCUCUUUAAACAAUAAAAUACCUAAGUUAUCACCAUGAGUCGGUGCACAAGGAGGUAUUCUAGAUAUAAUGAAUGUUUGGUUAAAAAAAAAAUUGUAGCACUUUAGCUGAAUAUUCUGUUAUGCUGUAGAGCAUUUAUUAUGAAUAAAAUUGUGGAUCUUACCCAGCAUUUAGCACUGCCCAUGGGGUCAUUAAAAUGUAGAUACAUAGACAUCAGAUUUUUAUUUAUAUUUUUUUUAUUAUUUUUUUAAACUAUUUUUAAAAUACUAUACACAGCAACAGACUCAAUGUGCUGUCCCAGAACUGGGAUACAUUGGAUCGGUGGCGAUACCUACACUGCUACAGUUGAGAAAAACAUCUAAAUCAGGGUUUAGUGAGCACACCCCUUUGGAAAGCUGAAAAUAAAGGACCUCACACAGGCCUGUGUUCCACAAGUUUACUACCCAAGGUUUCUGAGGAUUGUCCUAAAAGGUUGAUUACUCGCUUCUCACGUAUAAAUACGGGAGGUCGGGAAGAAGCCAGUGAACUGGUGCUUAAAUGAGUUUUAUUAGUGUGUCUGUCUCCCAGAAUUGUUAUUGAUUUUUACCUGUCACUUCUCAUUGGGGCUAAUGGGACUUGAUAAGCCUUCAAGUAGAAAGAGCCAGCUGUUUCUUCCAGUCCUGCAAAGCUAUCCUUCUCCAACUGAUCUUCAUUCCGGGGAUGGCUUGUUUACCUGUCAUCAUCAACAUUGAGUAGAACAAGAUUUUUCUAUCUGAACUGUGCAGCUAUUCUAAAAUACAGACUGUGACAAUGCAGAAGAAGGCCAAAACUUUUUUCCCCUGUUCAUGUUCUGAACCCAAAGCUCCAUUCCCUAGCUUUCUCUUUAAGGAGGGGGUUAGCCACUCAUACCCCGCAUUGUUGGGUUGAAGGUAUUCGCAGAAUUUACCUGUGGGAUUAGAAAGUAAAUUAUAGCAACUAUGUGAUGGAAAAACUGGUGAGUAUAAGUGCUCAAUAUCUAUAAUCAGCAGCAUAUCACCAACAAGGGGUUCUCUCCACCCUUCUGAAGUGGAUAGUAAAGAUAACAGACAGGAGGUUGUGGUGUAUCCCCAAAUUAAUAUAUAUUCACCACAGAGGUGAUCAGCACUUAAGAUCAUAUAUACAUACGAUACAGAUUAUAUUUUUAGUAUAUGAAUACUUUUUAGAGCUGUCUCGGCUCUAUUAUGAAGGCCUGGAUGGAAUAAUCCCCGUCUAUGCAUAUAAGUGGAGGGUCUUUGGAGCUCGUUUUCAGGAUGGAGUAGGUAUAUGUGAAAAAAGACAAAAUAGGAAAUCCAAUGGUAUAGUAUAUACAAACAAUUGGUAUGGAACAAUCCUCACAGAGGAAUAUAUGCUGUUACCGGAAGGAUGAAGGAUGUAUUCCACAGGUAAUGAUGUAUAAAAUAGUAGGUUUAUUAAAUAAAAAGCUGCAAACAUCUAUAUAAGUAAAAACAAUUAAGCAAACUUUGGAUAAAAUAACUCCUCACUUAACACGUUUCGCCAAAGGCUUUCUCAAAAGUGGACCAUUAGAACUGAUGUAUUAAAUCAAGGAGCACCGGUUUUCCUGACCAAGGACCCCUCUGCCAAACUUCUCUGCUUAUUGACAUUCCAUUUCUCCCACUUGUUUUGUUUGAUAUUCUUUAGACCAAAGAAGAGGACAGUUUUUGUGGGUGAAUCUGGGGUAGGUGACUCUCGCCUGGAAAAUGCUUAUAUAUCAUUUAAACAGUGCUGUCUGGUAAUGGAACAGAAGAGAGAUCUGUGCCAUUAAAGAAUCUGAGUCGAUGUCCCUCUUGGCUAUACAAUCUGGAGUGGUGCUGCACUCUCUGGGUAUCAAUUACCGUAUCCCAGUUCAGCUAGGACUCUCAAAAAGUCAAUAGUUGCUCCUUAGACUUGCUGCUUUAUAAAAUAGAUUUAAAAAGUUUUUUGUGUUUUGUUUUGAAUGUGAAAUCAUAUGCUAAAAUAAUAUCCUUGGAGGGUCCACAAGUAAGAGGCUUACAAACUGAGCAAGGUGCUUGUUCGUGUUACAUAGAUAUAUAUAGAAAUCAAACAAGUGUGAGAGACCAAGUAUAAAACCGUAACAUAUUUGAGUACUUAUAACAGAGACCUGGAGGUAAGUACACAUUACAUUCUAGAUUUUGCAGAAUAUCUAGUCAGCAAGAGUCCCAAAUCCAAGUAUCCAUUACUAGUGUGGCUGUCAAUGAUUUUGUGUCAGGGCAGCUUAUCAGAUGACUCUUGGAGAGGGUUCCCCAGAGCUGUCAAUGUCACGGACAGAAACUAUGGGGGCCAACCAGUCUACCAGAUAGGUUAUAUGGGGCCAAACAGUACUCAUUAAAAAACUGAUAGAGGCUGGGGUAGCUGCCUCUGUGUUGGCAGCCUCGCACUAGCUCUACUGGACUCUUAUUGCCAUGUGGUUAUUUUUGAUGUUUGUUUGCAAGGAAGAUCUAGCAUUGUAAAGGCGCAGCUGCUAGGGUCACCUGUAUGAAAGUAACGUCCUGCCUCUUGGCAUCCAGGGUAAGAUUACACUUCUCAACUUUCACUUUCGAGUAAUCAGUGUUGGGGUUCCCUCAGAAGGUGUCUGGUGGCCUCCUUUUCCGGGCUUGCCAUCGUAUUGGGUAACAAGUGAUCUGCCAGCAACUGUAACAGUCUCUUGAGACAGGAAUACCCUCAUUGGUUCAAAGAGGGGGAAAAAGGACAGAGGAAAGUUACAUUGAUUGUUGCCUCCUAUUUGGUCGAUUGGCCAUCCCACCAGACUCCAGACCUGCUUUCAGAAUUGGCCACAUGGUCAUCAAGGCUCUGACAUUAGCAGGGCAAAUGAUACAAAGCAGCCAGGUUUGUUCAGUAAGUUUCCUAAAUAAAAAUCCUCCCCAGUGUGAGCUUAUAUCUGAUGGAAGCCGUACCGGAUGAAAAGAUAUUUUACACUAAUUUAAAUGUUUGUGCGGGGUAUAUGUGUUUAGUCUUACCCAAUCAUGCAAAUACUUAUCGACCAAACACCCAUUAAUAUUAAACAGUACCUUAAAAACCUGCAUGUAUCCAUCUUCCAAAUAAUCUCCCUACUCUGUAAGAACUAAACAAGCUAAACCAACAGGAUUACCCUCCGCAAUUAAGCAGAACCUUAUUGUUUUAUCCUGUUUUUGUUCUUUCCCAACAUCCAAGUAUUGAAAGCUUCUCAUCCACUCGUGGGGUGGAGUAUUGUUUGGAAUAACGACUACAGAUGGAAAUAAAACACAGAUUUUAGUGUCCCUUGUCCCAAACCACCAGAAGAGAACAAUUCCUGGAAGUGAAGUUCAUAGUAGUCUCUGACCUCUGAUUAUCUACCAACGCAUUCGUCAUUCUUGCUGCUAUUGUUUAACAAACACUUAUUUACGUGUCUGUUCAGAUCUCUUAGGAACACGUUACAUGUUCAUCUGUCGUUUACCCCUUCUUCCUCUUCGUUAUCAUUAUUUUCUUUUACUCGUCAUGAACUUUCUUUUUGUUACUUUGCCUCCUCUUCUCUUUCUGUUAUUUUCUUGUGUUCUGUUUUCCUUUCCCCCUUAUUCAUUCUUUUCUGUGAAAAGCUUAGUUCUUUCAGGUUUUUUUUCUCUCGCUUUCUUUUUCGUUCUAUUUGUUCAUUGUGUUUUUUCAUUUUAUUUGCCAUCAUGUCUCCUUUACUCCUAUGUCUUCUUUCUCUCCCUUCCCCCUUUCCUUCUAUAAUUUUUUCUGUUUCUAUCACUGCACUAUUUAUUUUUGUACAUUGUCUUUGGUCCCCUUCGUGUUUCUUUUUUGUAUGUUUUUCUUUCUAUCAUUUCCAUUUUUUCUCUUUCAUGCCCUCUUCCAUAUUUCUCAGUUUUUCCUUUUUCUCUCUGGUUUCGCCUCCGUCACUCUUUCCUUUUAGCGCUUUGUUUCUCUCACUUGUUCUAUCUUUUCAUUUCUGUCCCUUCCCCUGUCUUAUCCAUCACUCUCCUCUUUCCUCCUCGUUGCAAUGUCUGUUUAUCUUUCCCUCCCUUUAUUCAUUCUUAUUUAUUCUGUAUUCUUUCUUUACCAGUUCUUUAUCGUGUGUUUCUUUGUGUGGCCAGUGGCACGUUCUCUAGCUACCAGUGAGAAUGUUUGCUAUGCUCUGUGUUUCGCUAUUUGCUGCAUUGUAUAUCGUAACAUGACAUAGCCCACUGUUCAAUAAACAAAACCCCCUGUGUUUGUAGAUUAGAAUAGAUUAUGUGAUGGGCUAUCAUAUAAUCUGUCGUAGCUGCCAUUUCUCCAGACUACUCAAACAUAAACUCUAUAACUUCAUGUGCCCAUAAUGCUUCAUCUGGGAUACCACUUUAUUUCUCUAUUCAUCAAAUCCUCCGUGUGUCAUCCUAAAGUCACAGCCCUCCAAAUUCACACCAUGCCGUUCUGUAAAUCAUUUAAAAUAAAAUACGAGAAACCAACUCUAGACUGUAAACCCAUUCCUCUGGUGUCUAUACAGUAAGCUCGUUUGAACAGGGUCCUCACCUACCUCUUGUUCCUGUAUUAUUUUGUAAUUGUCUCGUCUAUUGUUAAAUUUUCCCAUUUUUAUAAUAUUGUAAAGCGCUGCGGAAUAAGUUGGCGCUAUAUAAAUACCAAUAAUAAUUACUUAUCGUAAGCCCCAUCUAUGUGAAGGCGUCUGAAAAAUAAAAUGCUGUGAAUUUCUUUAUUUUUAUUUUCAUUGACCUUUUUUAUUGCCGUUUGUUAAAUCCUUUCAAAAUUAGCAAUUGUUUAUCUGAUACAGACCCGCACAGUGAAUGGUUUUCUAUUUGUAGUUCACGCAUUAAUUACAUUAUUUCAAUCAGACCAUUGAUCAACAUGGAUACACCAUUAGCUAGGCUCUUACUAGCUUUGGUUCAGUGUGCUCUGGACAUCUAAGAGUUAAGUGAGUUGCUUCCAAAUCACAUCUCUUCUCAUGGGACCGUAAAACACUGGGUUAUCAUUUUAAGUAACUCUAAUACUGUCAGUGAUGAAAACUGCCUUUCGCUUGUGACAGAUACAGACAGAACGCGAGAGACGGACAGGAACACAUACCUCUUGAGGUAGGUGUCUGCACCCCAAAAAUCCCACUGCAUGAUAUCUGUCAAAAGCUACUCGCUGGUUAAAUGCUUGCACCCCAAAAUUUAAGGAAAUUGUGUAAGAUGCUCAAGUCCGCACGCAAGCUUUAAUUAAAGAGAAUGAAUCUUUAUUGCAAAGUUAAAAUAUUUCCAUUCGAGUAAAGCUUAGCAUGUUAGGUAAAGAAUAUUCUAAUUUGGAGAUUAAUUUAAAUUGUGUCAUUCUAAUUAACCAGAUUUAUGUAUUUCAUUUAUUUACUUUCAUUAUUAUGAAAUUUUUUUCUCCAGGGGAAAAAUUGGUACAUUAUAUGUGAAAUUGUGUAGAAUUUCUUUUUUUUAAAUACAUUUGGAUAUUAACAAUUUCAGUCUUUUAAAAUAUUAGAUAAUGUUAUAUAUUAUAUCUUCAUUAGAAAUGUAUUUUAAUGUAAAUAUUAGUAAUAGAAACGUAUUCUAUUUUUUAUUUUUAUUUUUUAAACAUUUAUAAGGCCAAAUAAAGGCAGAUGAUGUUCCAUAUGAAUAGUAUUUUUGCAGUAAAAUCUCAACUGGAAGGGCGUGAGGACAAGUAAUUUGAUAUAAAAUUAUACAGACAAAAAAAUCAUGAGAAAAUAUGAGUAUAAGAAACUUGCUCUGCAUUGAAGUGUUACCAGCAUUAAUAUAGGGUAGCAUCGAAAAAGUAUACAUUGAAUAUCUUGAGCAGUGGAAUUAGAGAUUGAAUUUGAUGUUUAUAGCCUUUAUGAUUGAUUCAGCAACGGGUGGGUGUAUUUCUCAAAGAUUUUAAAUGUUGUCUCCUAUAUUAUAAGUGUAUAUUAAAUUAUAUAGUUUGUACAGCGCUACUGAAACUGAUGGCGCUAUAUAAAUAAUAUAAUAAUAAAGAGAGAGGGCAAUGCAUUCUGUAUUCAUUGUAGGUAGGCAUACAUUUUAUUAUAUUAAACAUGAUAUCUUAAGACUCUGAUCCUCCAAAUCUACAUAUCGCAAAAAAACACCUAAAUGUUUUGUGAUACCCCUCUGCUAAAAGACUGUUCUAGGUAUCUACUACACUUAGUUCUUACACACCUUCUAAUAUGUAUAUAUGUAGCACAGAUGUAAUGUUUUCACUGAACUAUUUUAUUCAGAGAUGUUGAGUUAUCAUCAAGGUGCCGUAAUUCUGUUAAUCGUAUUACUAUUUAGACAGUUACGCAUUGUCAAUGCGUUAAAUAAUCUUAAAUAUCUAGUAUAUCUGCAACUUCAAGGGUUAACAAACAUUCCUAGUUCUAAUAAGGUUUACAUUAUCAUUUAAAGGGGAGUGAAAGCUCUGAGGAUUAUCUUAAUUAGGAGAGGGCGUGGGGGAGGGGGCAGAUUUUACCUGUUAGAGAGGCUAGAAAACGUAAACUUGUUUACAUUGGAACAAGGCAAUUCAGAAGAUGCCUGACAAGGCUAUACAAAUAUAUGAGGCCUCAUCGAACAAUUGUCCACUAACCUGUUCAUUAACAGGACCAUUAAAAGGUCAAGAGGUCACUGGUCUAGAGUUGAAGAAAGGCAAUUUUGCUUACAGUGGGAACUUUACGGUAAGUACAAUAAAGAUGUGAAUAUCUAAACUUAAAGAGAUUGGGGUUUUUCAAAGAUUCUGUACAGAUUUUUAAACAUCUGGGUGCUUUUUAAAAAACACUAUAUUCAAAGAUAUAAUAUUUAAUACGUGGGGUAAAAGCGUGGUGAUCCAAGGAGAAAUCGGACUGCUAUUUUGGACUCAAGCAUUUAUUUUUUCCAUUUUGCUGCAAAACUUAAAAUUGAUUGAAUUUUUUUUUUUUCAUUGUUUAAAUGUGAUUUUUGCUAUCAAAAGUCCAUUAACUAUUCAUCAAAGUUGCCCUUCUCAAGUUUGUAGUUCUGGGGAAGAAUCACUUGGAGACUUUCAUGGUAAUUGAAAUCACUAGUAACUUCAGUGGGGUGACCCAAGGGGCAGCUAAUUACAGUAGGUAUUGGGCUGUGAACUCGGUAGCUGAAAUCAUUUAUACCAACUGUGAUGGCUAUCCAUCACGGCUAUGUGUGACCUCUCCAUGUAAGUUUAGGGUGCAGUGUACUGGGCCUUAAUACUAAGUUUUCAUCAGUGAAGAUUCAAGUAGUAAUGUACAUGUAACACAUUAACAUUUGAGGAAUACUCAGAUCUCAAAUACCUUGAAGUAUAAAUUUUGAAGUGUGCCUUGUGCAGCCUGCUUUAGGCCAUGGUCUUGUCUUAUGUUUCUUAUUAAGUCUUUCUUAUUUAGUACGUUCAAGAAUUUACUAUAAUAACAUUUGUUUUUAAAACAUUUUGUCUCCUGUAAAACACACUGUUUGAGAGUUUAAAGUGGCAUUCGACACAUCAUAGCGUCUGCUGAUAUUACUCAACAUUCCCUUACAUCUUCCAUGUUUUUUCCCUUCCCACUGCCAUUGAAGAGGUAGUCGAACUUCUUAUGAGCUUUCAGGUAUUUGUCCUGUCAGCUUACAGACCAUACAGGUCAGUCUCCUUCACUAGUCGGAGAUGUGCUAUGGACUGAGUCAGGCAAGGAACUGAUCUCUGUGAGUACACACUCACAGCUUCUGCAAAUGAAGGGGUGUGAAUGACUGGAUGGAGCAAUGGGGAAGCCAGGCAGUAUGGAGGUAGACACAGGUGAUGGAAACAAGAAAGAAUGUUUUCAUACCUGCCAUUAUAAUUGGUACAAUAAGCUAAUGAUACAGUAUGUUGCAGUGGUUAUGGUGCUUGGAGUCUACCAAUAAAAUGAAAUUGUUAAAAUUAAUAAUUUAACAACUGGACAUAAAAAGUCUGAGUUUGCUUUUUGUAUUUUUAAAAUAAAAAAGAUAAAUAUAGCUUCCUAUUUACUAACCAAAAUUGUUCGUAGAAACACAUGUAGCUUUAUGUCACAGUCAGUACUGCUAUCGGCUAUUUGUAAACAGUGCUAGAUCUAUUUAGAGAGUCCUUGGUCUUUUUGUUUGUUUGGGGCCUUGGACACCUUGAUAAUAAGUAUGUUAAAAGAUUAGCAGGGUGUUUAUUAAUAAUAAACAAAAAUAUCAUUCCUGUAACAUCUUAGAGACCGCAGUUUCACAUUUGCCAUUUUCACAAUCUAAAUAGCCCUAAUUAUCUUGCAUUGUAAGAUCCAUAAAGCCCUGCGGUCAUUAAACGAGUGGCUUGUUUCUUUUUGGAAUUGAAUCUUUAAAACCAGAUUAUGAUGAUGUAGACCGCCUUCGAUAAUUAAAUAUAUAGGAGAGGACCUUUUUUUUUUUUUAUUGAAAUUUUGAUGGCCGAGAGAUCUCCAGAUGCUCGAGAUCGACAGGUUCCAUGAUACUUUUAGGUGGGGAAAGCACCAUGCUUGUUGAAGAUCUUUUGCUGUUGUAAAUCUACAUUUUGGACUCAAAUCUUACAGUUUAGAUCAGGUGUAGGCAUUUUUUGGCACUCCAGAUGUUGUGGACUACAUCUCCCACGAUGCUUUGCCAGCAUUAUGUUUGUAAGGGAGUUAAGGACGAUGUAGUCCACAGCAUCUGGAAUGUCAAAGGCUGCUUACUCGUGAUCUAGAGCAAUGUGCACCAAGCUUAUAUCAGAUCACUGUCUGCCUGAAGGUUUUACUGAUUUCCCCGUCUCGGCCCUACUUCAGAUGACCUUCCUGCGAGUCUCUGCUUCUUUUUGCCGUUUAGGAUUUCUUAUUUCACUGUAUUACAAAAGCCUUUUAAAUACCAUUUCCCCCAGAGACACAAAGCAAGGAAAUCGAGUCGGUAGGAGCAGCAGGAGGGAUUGUGUGGACGGACUGGAGUCAGGAAUUACUCUGUGUUGUUUGUUAAACUACGGGCAACGAGCCAGCCGCAUGAAGUCAAUGCAAUGGAUUUGGAUCGGUAAUUCCCCAAAUAAUGUUGGAGAUUUAAGGAAACUCGGGUGCAAACAUAACAUUUAUUUAUAGCCUUUUUAGAAUGACGGAAAUAGGGAAGAGGUUGGAUCAAAACACACUGAUGUAAAUGUUCAAAAUAGAAUCUGUUUUACUCAUCACUUUAAAUGAACCUCUACGUUUAUUCAAAUAUUGGGAUUUGCUCACGGAUCCUGCCUUGACAUCAAAUGGCAAAAUUAAGAUCAUAAUAUUUUUAACCCCUUAAGGACACAUGACACGUGUGAGAUGUCAUGAUUCCCUUUUAUUCCAGAAGUUUGGUCCUUAACGGGUUAAAACAUGUAUCAGUUAUUGUUUGUGUUAAUUAAUACAUAUUGUGAUACACGUUGUUAGAAACUCUCAAUAUCAAUAUGUGUAAUUAGAAGAAAGUGCGAUUAUGCUUACCUUUCAACACUGCAAAAGGACAAAGAGGGGCACUUUAAUUUUAGGGGUGUGAGAGGUAUUGCGACCAGGAGCGUGGCUGUAAUAAAUGUGUGAGUGGGGUUUAGCUGGGGCCGGCUGAUCUGAGAAGGUUUAGGUGACUUACUAGUAAUUUGUACAACUAAAAUUUUAUUUAUAACAAGAACAAUGUAUCGUAUUAACACAGACUGAUUACUAAACACAUUUAUUGCAGUUUAAAGACACAUUACUGGGAGUAUUAUUGCUGUGGAGCUCUGUUAUACAAUCAGACAUUACUGGGAGUAUUAUUACUGUGGAGCUCUGUUAUACAAUCAGACAUUACUGGGAGUAUUAUUGCUGUGGAGCUCUGUUAUACACUCAGACAGAUUACUGAAAGUAUUAUUGCUGUGGAGCUCUGUUAUACACUCAGACACAUUACUGGAAGUAUUAUUGCUGUGGAGCUCUGUUAUACACUCAGACACAUUACUGGGAGUAUUAUUGCUGUGCAGCUCUGUUAUACACUCAGACACAUUACUGGGAGUAUUAUUGCUGUGGAGCUCUGUUAUACACUCAGACACAUUACUGGGAGUAUUAUUGAUGUGGAGCUCUGUUAUACAAUCAGACAUUACUGGGAGUAUUAUUGCUGUGGAGCUCUGUUAUACACUCAGACACAUUACUGGGAGUAUUAUUGCUGUGGAGCUCUGUUAUACACUCAGACACAUUACUGGGAGUAUUAUUGCUGUGGAGCUCUGUUAUACACUCAGACACAUUACUGGGAGUAUUAUUGCUGUGGAGCUCUGUUAUACACUCAGACACAUUACUGGGAGUAUUAUUGCUGUGGAGCUCUGUUAUACACUCAGACACAUUACUGGGAGUAUUAUUGCUGUGGAGCUCUGUUAUACACUCACACAUUACUGGGAGUAUUAUUGCUGUGGAGCUCUGUGAUACACUCAGACCCAUUACUGGGAGUGUUAUUGUUGUGGAGCUCUGUGAUACACUCAGACCCAUUACUGGGAGUAUUAUUGCUGUGGAGCUCUGUUAUACACUCAGACACAUUACUGGGAGUAUUAUUGCUGUGGAGCUCUGUUAUACACUCAGACACAUUACUGGGAGUAUUAUUGCUGUGGAGCUCUGUUAUACACUCAGACACAUUACUGGGAGUAUUAUUGCUGUGGAGCUCUGUUAUACACUCAGACACAUUACUGGGAGUAUUAUUGCUGUGGAGCUCUGUUAUACACUCAGACACAUUACUGGGAGUAUUAUUGCUGUGGAGCUCUGUUAUACACUCAGACACAUUACUGGGAGUAUUAUUGCUGUGGAGCUCUGUUAUACGCUCAGACACAUUACUGGGAGUAUUAUUACUGUGGGGCUCUGUAUACACUCACACAUUACUGGGAGUAUUAUUGCUGUGGAGCUCUGUUAUACACUCAGACACAUUACUGGGAGUAUUAUUACUGUGGAGCUCUGUUAUACACUCAGACACAUUACUGGGAGUAUUAUCGCUGUGGAGCUCUGUUAUACACUCAGACACAUUACUGGGAGUAUUAUUGCUGUGGAGCUCUGUUACACUCAGACACAUUACUGGGAGUAUUAUUGCUGUGGAGCUCUGUUAUACACUCAGACACAUUACUGGGAGUAUUAUUGCUGUGGAGCUCUGUUAUACACUCAGACACAUUACUGGGAGUAUUAUUGCUGUGGAGCUCUGUUAUACACUCAGACACAUCACUGGGAGUAUUAUUGCUGUGGAGUUCUGUUAUACACUCAGACACAUUACUGGGAGUAUUAUUGCUGUGGAGUUCUGUUAUACACUCAGACACAUUACUUGGAGUAUUAUCGUUGUGGAGCUCUGUUAUACACUCAGACACAUUACUGGGAGUAUUAUUGCUGUGGAGCUCUGUUAUACGCUCAGACACAUUACUGGGAGUAUUAUUGCUGGGGAGCUCUGUUAUACACUCAGACACAUUACUGGGAGUAUUAUUGCUGCGGAGCUCUGUUAUACACUCAGACAUUACUGGGAGUAUUAUUGCUGUGGAGCUCUGUUAUACACUCAGACACAUUACUGGGAGUAUUAUUGCUGUGGAGCUCUGUUAUACACUCAGGCACAUUACUGGGAGUAUUAUUGCUGUGGGCUCUGUUAUACACUCAGACACAUUACUGGGAGUAUUAUUACUGUGGGGCUCUGUUAUACACUCAGACACAUUACUGGGAGUAUUAUUGCUGUGGAGCUCUGUUAUACUCAGACACAUUACUGGGUGUAUUAUUGCUGUGGAGCUCUGUUAUACACUCAGACACAUUACUGGGAGUAUUAUUGCUGUGGAGCUCUGUUAUACACUCAGACACAUUACUGGGAGUAUUAUUACUGUGGAGCUCUGUUAUACACUCUAAAUUUUGGACUCAAAUCUUACAGUUUAGAUCAGGUGUAGGCAAUUUUUGGUACUCCAGAUGUUGUGGACUACAUCUCUCAGGGACACUUGGGUAUUAUGUAAGCUGAACUAAAUAAAAAUUGCCUCUUAGUGCGGAAGAAUUUCAGUCUGAAUCCCAAGCCUUAUUAAAGGAGCACUAUACUCCCAGGAAAACGAGGGUUAUUAGGACCCCCCCUCAUGAUUAACCCUCAGUGUAAACAUAGCCAUUUCUCUGAAUCUGCUAUGUUCACAGCUAGAGAGUUAAAACUAGAUGGACCUGGCACCCAGACCACUUCAUUGAGCUGAAGUGGUCUGGGUGCCUAUAGUGGUCCUUUAACAUCUGAUCUGUGCAUACACAUGCUGUUACAAUCUGGCUGGAGUAAAGUUUGUUGUUUUCAGCAUUUAUCUUUGUUACCUGAUUAACAAAGUGUUUAGAACUGCUACAGCCAUCAUCGUAUUUAAAGAAACAGACACACACAAAGCAAGGCCAGGCAUGUCAUGGGUCAACUGGUGAAAAAUCUGUGAAAGAAGUGAUUAACCGCCAUUGAAAUAAAAAGACAGAGGUUUCAAAGUAAAGUUUUAUUUAUACAAAUUCCACACAUCCCAAACUAAUAUUGUGAUUAUAGACAGACAUUCCUGCUGCUCUCUCACUAUAGGGCAGACCCAGCCAUAUCUGCUUCUUCUCCCUAAAUUGCCCUAAAGGGAACCUCAGGUGGGAUUCUUAUCAAUGUACCUUAAAGGGACACUCCAGACCCGUAAAGCACUUCAACAUGUCAUUGCUAUAAAUAUGCAAAGUCCAUCCACGUAGACUGUUGUCAUUUUCAGUUGCCCUACAGUGGAGCAGCCGCAAGAGAGGACUUGCUGCUGGAGAAAAAGUUAAGUCAAAUGCAUUUGGGGGUACGCCUGGUAUAGAUAGGGUUAAAAUAAUAGUCCAAAUGCUAAUGCUGCAUUGUCCCUUUAAUGGUGCACUAGUUAAAUAUUUGAACUUUUCUAUAGUGACCCCUCCAGAGUACAUGAAGUUAUAGGAAGACUCUAUAGUGCACUGUAAUGGGAUAUUUUGCCCAGCCUGUAAGUGCCAUACAAAUGCAGAUAACAUUGAUAUUACUGAUAUAAUAACUUGGCAAUUAGCCCUAAGGCCAUGUGCAACCAGGGGGCCCCUCGGUUUCUGUCAACCGCUUACACACAGGACCAGGGCUGGGACAGGCUAUUGUGGUUGUACUGCUUAGUGCCCCUUUAACUAACGAAAUGAAAAAAAAAAAACACUUAUAACAAGUUCAUAUGUAUCUUGUGUAUAAAAGUAAGCUCUGCCACCAGAGACAUGAGGCCUUACUUUUUUUUAGACCAUAAUAGAAGGUUAAUAAGAGUUACUCCAACCAAAACAGGGUUUAAAUAAAAUAAUGGUAUUGUUUGCUAUUACAGUAUGGUGUCCCCCCUGCUACCCUCAAUCCCUGAUUUUAAAUGUAAGGAAACACUAACCUGCUAUCCUACGCUAAGCCCAUGUCCUCUAACGUUAUCUCACUCCUUCUCCCUAUGGGGGGCUGUGGCACCAUUAGUCGUGUGUCGCCAGCAUGCUACGAUCGCUGACAAGGCGAAUACUAUGCACAGAUUUAAUGUUGGCCAGCCCAGAACUCUCAUUCUGGGCUCAUAAUGACGACGACAAUAAAGUUUCUUUCUGAAAUGCUGCAGAUAGACUUAACGCACCAUAACCACUUCAAAUUACUGACGUGCUCAUGGUGCUUGGAAUAACCUUUUUUAAAAGAAAAAACACUCCGGGCUUCUACAUUCUGCUGUUAUCAAACCAGGAAGUGAUUCGCCAGUCCUGACACUCACUAACUAACUUUCUAUAGCGUCACUGAGUUAUACCACAGACUUAUUGGAAUAGAAAGUAUUCCUGAGCGUUCACAGUCUGACUCUGCUCCCUAUUUAAUUCUGUCUGUCAAUCACAGGGGAACUUAACAGGUUUAGUUUUUGGGUUUUGUUUUGACGAUCAUCCAAAUUUUGUACUUGAUGUUAUCUUGGCGAAACUCUUCUCCACUGUAACAUUAGCUUACUUAUUACAUUUUAUAAUAUAUAAAGAGGAUUUCGUGCAUCCCAGCAUUUGUUAUAUUAUAUUUAAAGUGAUACAAAGCUUUAUCCCUGGCACUACAGCCCCUCAUACAGUAUUACAUUUUACAAAGCUACUUAAAAUCACCUAUCUUAGCAAACAAAUAUGGGGGCCACAAAAAAAAUACAGAUUUAAAUACAAACAACAACAAAAAAUAAUAAUUGUUAUAAGCUCUGUCCUUUGCACUCGCUGUCAGCAGAGAGAGGAUAAGAAAUGGUACAAUGUUUCUAUUUCUGUUUAUUUGUAAUGCUUUUCUUGGCUUUGUCUUGUCUGAAUCUUUAAUAUAAAUUGCAAAGAAUGUGCAGGAUCACAUUGAAAAAAACGUUAACCAAGUGAUAAGUGAAAUACACUGUUAUAUUGUAUGUAUUUUACAGGGAAGUAACCCAUCUCCAGUGACAUUAAAAUACAUUUUGCUAAAUACCUUACACUCUCCCCAAUAUCUGCUGAAUUGGGGGAGGAAACGCUACUACAGUAACCGGUUUGUUGGGAGCAGGUGUCCAAGUCCUGACGAAUAUUGUGCCUUUUCCUUUUAAUGGAGACUCACCAAAAUGAUAUGGAACCAUUUGUGGAUUUUAUCCCAGGGAAUUAAAGAGAAACCAUAGGGCUAUGACAGCAAAGUUGUUUUCCUGGUACUAUUGCUCCCUAUGGUGCCCCCCUCCCAGGUCCCCCUCCUUCUGUCACUUAUCUGAUAACAGCGCUGAUGUCCCACUGUGCUGGUUCAGGCUCCAACUCUCCUCCUUCUCCGCCAAAGUCAGCCAGUGAGGGCCGCACCCACAUUAGGAUUCCCCCAUAGGAAAGCAUUAUACAAUACUUUCAUAUGGGGUUUUGGGGGACACUGGAAGUCCUCAUGCAAAGUGUGAGGACAUCUAGUGUCAGGUGACCAAAGUCUGGUCUGGUAGACAGCCACAAGAGGUAGAGUUAACCCUAGGUAUGGUCACACUAAUAGCAACACUUUAUAGUUACUGCUAUUUAAUUUGGAACAAUCAUCAAAAACGUUCGGCUUAUCUGGUCUCGCCACCAAUAAAUGAACAUCCCAGGAUUCUCUCUGUCGCAGCCAAUCACUUUUCUGAUGUCCCAUAAUCCUCUUGGCCUAAUAGCAUUAAACAGCUUUAAACAAACAAGGGUAUUGACCCCUGACUAAAGCUACAUUAACUCGGGAAGGUCCAAUCGCCUGUGUGGAGGGCUAUAUCCCAGAGAGGGCCGUAAUGAGCUUGCUGGGGGAUUUAUAGGGAUGAAGAGAAGGAGACCUAGGGAAUUAUUAAUGACAGACUGUUUCUUUUGCCUCUAACAAGCGUGAGAAAUUUUCACUUUUUCACUUCAAGACACGGCUUCCACUUUGAGUCUAAUAAUCGCAUUUCAUCUUUUUUAACAGCACUAUAAAAUGAAGUAAAUAAAUAAAAUGUCUACGAUUGGAAUGGGUGGUCAAACCCAUUUCGUACAAUUUAUCCAUGAAGCGCCUUUUUAACUAUUUCAGUUCUGGCUGCUCAAUUUCGAGGGAGCGCGACUAGUUAAGAUUUGAUAUCACUUUAGAAAUACCCGAACGUCUGUGAUAUUCGCUAUUCCUGGAAGGGAACAGCAAAUGUUAACAAAGCAUCCAAUUUGGAAACUUACCUGCUGAGCCACGUUUACAAUUCUGCACUUUUUGCCGAAACUUUCAAGAUUCGUGCUCAUUUCGCCACUGUUUCCUGAUUUAGUGGGUUAUUUUCAGAAUGUAAUUUGCUGGGAAUUCAGGGAAUUUUAGAUUCUACGCCCAAAUAGCUAAACUGCAAAGCUGGCUUGGUGAAUGUUUUCCUGUGUACCUAUUGUGGCCUAAAACUUGCCAUUUUCUUAGAAUUACCAAUCUCAUGCUUUAUUAUUAUUAUUUUAUUAUUUAUGCAGCGCCAUCAGAUUCCAUAGACCUGUACAAUGAAUAGUGAAUACAGUCGUGAUAUCGUUGUAUCUAGUUUUAAAUCAGCAUCUCACAUGGGUUUUUAUGUUUUGUUUUGUUUUAUUACUUUUUCGUUUAACUAAUGUUGCUUUUUAUUUUCCGUAUAUAUCGAUUUAAAUUGUGUAAAUUCAUCUUACUAAUGGAUGUGAAUUUACUAGAAUAGAAUGGCUGCAAUGUCUGUGGAUCUUUGUGUUUCCCAUCCCUAUACUAAGAGUCAAAUAAAUUAAUUGCUUCUGCUAUAGAGAACCCAGUGGCGGUUCUAUAGAAAAGCAUUCAGGAUGGGAGGCAGGUCUGAGCUAAUAGAGCCUAAUGGUCAAAUAAAGAAAGCAUCUAGCUAUAGAUCGAGGUGUCUAAAUGGUCAAAGAAAGCGUCUAGCUACAGAUCGAGGUGUUUAAAUGGUCAAAGAAAGAAAGCGUCUAGCUAUAGAUCGAGGUGUCUAAAUGGUCAAAGAAAGCGUCUAGCUACAGAUCGAGGUGUCUAAAUGGUCAAAUAAAGAAAGCAUCUAGCCAUAGAUCGAGGUGUCUAAAUGGUCAAAUAAAGAAAGCAUCUAGCUAUAGAUCGAGGUGUCUAAAUGGUCAAAUAAAGAAAGCAUCUAGCUAUAGAUCGAGGUGUCUAAAUGGUCAAAGAAAGCGUCUAGCUACAGAUCGAGGUGUCUAAAUGGUCAAAGAAAGAAAGCAUCUAGCUAUAGAUCGAGGUGUCUAAAUGGUCAAAGAAAGAAAUCGUUUAGCUAUAGAUCGAGGUGUCUAAAUGAUCAAAGAAAGCGUCUAGCUAUUGAUCGAGGUGUCUAAAUGGUCAAAGAAAGCGUCUAGCUAUAGUUCAAGGUGUCUAAAUGGUCAAAGAAAGAAAGUGUCUAGCUAUAGAUCGAGGUGUCUAAAAGGUCAAAUAAAGAAAGCAUCUAGCUACAGAUCGAGGUGUCUAAAUGAUCAAAGAAAGCGUCUAGCUACAGAUCGAGGUGUCUAAAUGGUCAAUGAAAGCAUCUAGCUACAGAUCGAGGUGUCUAAAAGGUCAAAGAAAGAAAGCAUCUAGCUAUAGAUCGAGGUGUCUAAAUGGUCAAAGAAAGAAAGCAUUUAGCUAUAGAUCGAGGUGUCUAAAUGGUCAAAGAAAGCGUCUAGCUACAGAUCGAGGUGUCUAAAUUGGCAAAGAAAGCGUCUAGCUAUAGAUCGAGGUGUCUAAAUGGUCAAAGAAAGAAAGCGUUUAGCUAUAGAUCGAGGUGUCUAAAUGGUCAAAGAAAGCGUCUAGCUAUAGAUCGAGGUGUCUAAAUGGUCAAAGAAAGCAUCUAGCUAUAGAUCGAGGUGUCUAAAUGGUCAAAGAAAGAAAGCGUCUAGCUAUAGAUCGAGUUGUCUAAAUGGUCAAAGAAAGAAGGCGUUUAGCUAUAGAUCGAGGUGUCUAAAUGGUCAGAGAAAGAAAGCGUCUACCUAUAGAUCGAAGUGUCUAAAUGGUCAAAGAAAGAAGGCGUUUAGCUAUAGAUCGAGGUGUCUAAAUGGUCAAAGAAAACGUCUAGCUGUAGAUCGAAGUGUCUAAAUGGUCAAAUAAAGCAUCUAGCUAUAGAUCGAGGUGUCCAAAUGGUCAAAGAAAGAAAGCGUCUAGCUAUAGAUCGAGGUGUCUAAAUGGUCAAAGAAAGAAAGCGUCUAGCUAUAUAUCGAGGUGUCUAGCCAAGACACGCAAGUAUUUGGGGGACAGGAACACAGACCGUGAUUAAACUCUGGCUAAAGUGAGAAUUCAAAGAGAAUUUCCAAUUUAAGACCAGAAUAGCUGUAUUGAAAGCAUAGAUGGCUUAAAUACCAUUUCCAUUUCAAUUAUUUUAAUCUAAAAUUUGAAAUACUCUGAAUUUAAUUUGGAUUCUUACUUUUGUAAAUAAUGCUGCAAGUGUGGAAUCCCCUCUUUUUCCUUAUUCUCAUGGCCUCUUAUUUUUUAGCCUGGAACAAAGUGAUAUUCUAGAUGGAAUUUGAGUAGAAGUUCAACCUCACCAAAUAUCUGGAAUUGUAACCUGUCACUUCCCCAGAGUAUCCUGUCUUCAUAUACUCUUCCCAUCCAGACUUCCCAUCCUAGGCUGUUUAUAUAAUCCCAGUAUUAGUGAAGACACGUUUCUUGAUUCAUAUUAACCGCGGUUACUUUCAGACCUGUUCCCAGUCCCCAAAGACCUGAGCUGCCACUGACCUGAAUGCCUCUGUGCACCCGGCGAAACUCUAAAGCUGUGAGACCCUGGAGUCACUCAAGAUGGCGGACGCACAAGGCACUACAGCACUGGGCCAGACAAUACCACGACCAGAUAAAGCAGACCCCAGGGACCAUGUUACGGACACCCUGGGGGUCAUAUUUGAAAUCUUCUGGUCCACGCUGCUUGAACAAGCAAAAAUGGCACAAGCCACAGGGGAGCUAGACAGAGGAGAGCAAGGGUGCAACGAAAAACAACCUCAACGGCCUCCUAAGAGCCGCAAGGCUAUGCUGCAUCGACCUGACUGCAAAACCGCUACUGCAUAAAACCCACCGGCGGAGGAAGCGGGCUGCAGCUGGACAUCCUACCCACCGCUGCAGUGCAGAAACGACCUACAUAAUACCAACGCCUGGUGGUAAUAACCCAGGGACACCACCAAGACUCUAGCGACCCGAGGAGAAGAAUUUACUUACUUAACGGGGAGCCACUGCCUUGCGGGCGGAAAUCAUGCUGGUCGACACGGGUGAACCGGCUGCCACGCAGGCCCGGGAUGCGAGACACAGUAUAACCCGCGAUGCUGAAGCUCACUGGGACACUUCUGCUGGAGCCCUGCUCUUACAGACAGAGGGAGUUGGCUGACUUUCUAAGCCCCAUGGCGAGUUGGCUUGCUGCCACGCCACCAGGCUUAAGCAGGCAUAAUGGACCAUGCUCCAACCAUUGUUGUCUCUGCCUGGACCCCAGAGGUUAACCUACAUUAGAGCGCUCUAUAACAUGCGUGCUAAGCCACAAUAGCCACUAUUGUAAUCAAGAAAGUACAUAUCUACUGCGCCUCUAAACCUACUAAUAUUGUCGUUAAAAUGUAUUGCAUAGACGUGUUGUCAUUACCAGAUUUAAUCCCGUUAGUCAUGCAUACUAUAACACUAAAUGUACACAUUGUUAGUUAACUCUUGAAUGCCAGUUCAGGGACCGAUCGAAGGAAGCCUAACUCGAUUGCAUAGCUGAAAGUAUGAUCCAAGUAACUAAGCCUGAUAAUCUUACAUGUCUUUUCUUUAUGCUAGUAACCAAGGCUAAAUCCCACUCUGACGGAAUAACUGUUUAGUUAAGUUUGAAACUUAUAAAAAAAAAAAAAACUGUGCGAAUUAUCAUGCCACUGUUUAAUCCAAGUGCAUCCUGAGAUACGCUGUUGUGGCAUCUGUUGAUAUGUCUGUAACCACCCGCACAACAAAAACAAAAAUAUAAAAACAAAAACAAACAAAAUGUUAAUCUGUGCAAGAUAAGAAGAUAAGAGGAAUCACACUAUGGGGGAGGGGAAUGAGAAAUAGAAAGCUAUUAUUUUAACUCUCACAAAAUUCGUUUUGGGCUCAGGGCCAUGCAGUGCUGAAGCAGAGCUGUACCCACUAUAUGAGAAAUUUUCCAGCUUUGUAUAAAUCCAAUAUAACGGAGCUAUACCGGAAAUGAAGUAAUUACCUGAUCUGAAAGGUGCUCUCAGCAGAAGCUGCACAUCCUGGGGAUUUGCAGCAAAUGCAGGAGCCACGAAGUAGAGUUUGUUGUGUGGGGUGAUUGUUUUUAUUGUAAUUUGUGCAUAUUUUUUUAAGGAUUAUUUUCAUAAUUCGUUAACAAAAUGUGAUGAACUGCACUCGGAAUGCCCCUUUAACGUGUCACCAUAGAAGAUGCAGACACAGUCAUAUCAAGUUGCCUUAUUUGGAGAGUUUGAGAAGGAGCUGAAACACAGAAAGCUGCUCUCUGUGUUGAGAUGGCCCGGGAUGAGACUGGGCUCAUGGGUAAUGAGGGGAAUGUAGGAAUGUCAAUCUGUGAAACAGUGUAACAGUGCGGUACCCUGUUACCCUGUUGCUAUGGUCACCAGGUUGUGAAGAUUGUCCUGGUCCAGUGUACUCUCAGAGUUUGCAUUGAGCUUGAAUUCAGCCAAUCAGAACUCAAGCUGCCCCCCAAACUCUGCAGAUUAGAGAUUAAUUCUGAGUUAUGUCAGGGGCAGCUUUGGGACGGGGUGAAGAGAAUAUCCCUUUCCCAUCUUGUAGAGGGCCAUGACAAUUCUAUUUAUUGAAAAGCUUCUUAUCAGCCAAUCUCCCUCUGACUCAGAAGUCCAGUUACUAAUCUACCCCACUCUAUAUAACCGUGAUGACUAACCUUGACACCAUAAAUGGUUUCUGGACUACAUUUCCCAUGAUGCUCAGCUAGCUUUUAGAGUCUAAAAGCUAGCUGAGCAUCAUGGGAAAUGUAGUCCAGGAACAAUUUAAUUUAAGGUGUCAAGGUUAGCCAUCACUGCUAUAUAACAUAAUUUUUGUCAUAUUUGGGGGUAUUAAGGGUCUGUAUUUUUGAAUUAAUUAAUUUUUAUUUUUUAUUUUUUUAAACCGGUCAGGGCUAGUGUUAUACCACCAUUUAUGCAUGUUUAGUUAACCAAUCAUUAAAAUACGGGUAUUAUCGCUACUGCAUGAGAUUAAACACCUCCCCCUCACAGUACAAAUAGUCGUGUUAAUGAAAUGAGCAACGCACGAUUUAUAUAAAUGAGCUUGGACUAAAAAUAUAUUUUCUUUUCGCCGAUGAAAAUCCAGAAGAAUCCCAAAUCCUUUUAAAACCAACCGUAGAAGGAUAAAUCACUGCUUAAAUCUUGGAGUAAGUUGCUCCUUCAUUUGAGCUGGGAGGGGGUGGGGGGUAAGGAGAUAAGAUUUGGACAGUUUCCCCCCUCCCUCUCAAUAUAUAUUAGAAAGACUAUCAAUCUGAUCACGUUAGUCGUCAGAUGAUCUUAUGUGGGACCGCAAUAAUAGGAAUCUUGUCUUUGGAAUUGUGUAAGUGAAGUAAAAGCUUUAUUUAACAGGCUCCAACAUAUUCUGUAGCGCUGAGGUCCUAUAGAUUUUAAUAUUGUCACACAUCCUGUGUUUGCGUAAAUAGCUUACGUAUUUAUUACGAAUAUUUUGUAUUGCAUUUUUAUUUAUUCUGUUGGCGUAAGACUAACUUUUAUAAAAGAUGAUGUUUCAGGAUAAAUGUAAAUAACUACAGCUGAAAAUAAAUCCUACACUUACUCAUUCCAUGGAGCUUUCGUUUACGGGGCUGAAACGCUUUAUUCUAUAUAUUAUAUUUACUAGUUUUAAAAAAAUAUAUGUUUUUAUGUUUUUUUUACAUCAGACAUUUUUCAAAAUCUGCUUUUAGAAGAUCAAUUUUAAGCAACAGAAAUAAUAAUGGUGAAUACAUUUUGAUUAUGAGCAUUAUGUUUUUUACAUUGAAUUAUACAAAAUCUAUCGUUUUAUGUUUGUUUGUUUUUUUAUUUUACUUGUUUUUGUUUGGAUUUUUUUCCUAAUUUGAGAAGAGACCAAUUCAUAAACUGAGCUUAAUGGUCUUAAAAUAUGGAGAUUUUGUCAAUUGUAUAAUUCAUCUUAUAUUUAAAAAAAAAACAACUAAUGCAAACUUGUGAUAAAAUUGAUUAUUUACAUUUAGGCAAUAUUUAAGAGAAUGCCCAAAUGCUUAUUUGAAAAGCACAAGUGGGUUUGUCACUAAGCUUUGUAUUCUAAAGAAUUGAAAUUUGAAUUACAAAAGUCGGUCUAAAACAGCUGAUCUGAAAACAUUCUCCAACUCUGUUAUGAUCACAACUUGAUUAUUUUAAACCCAACUUUGGCAUCAAUUUUCAAAUGAUUUAAGUUUUUUAGAUAAACUUUAAAAAUAUAUUUUGUCCAGUAUUAAACUAUCAAAAUUUAUCAUGUAUAAAAUAUAUUUAUCAAAAUAUUACAUUAUUUUAAGAGUUUACCCAAAAAUAUCAAAUGAUUUGAAAAGCUUAUACAACAAUAUAUAAAUGAGGCUGUUUUUUAUUUGCAGACAUAUUUAUUAAGGUAAGAAAUCAAAGUACAUUUCAAAGGAGCUGAACUGGCCUCGAGAAUGUUUUCAGUUUAUCGAUUUUCACCUUAAAUUUGAAAUUCACUUGGAAUUCUCACUGUAGUGAAUAACCCUGGCAGAAUUCAAUUUGUUCCGAUUCUGAGUUUAGAAUUCUGAGUUGAGUUCCAAAUGCUAAUAUUGUGAUUUUGUGUAUCUAAGUAGAUGCAUUUGGUCUAUACAUAUUAAAAUUGUUUAAUUAAACAUUAACAACUUUUUUUGAGAAUUGCCCAAAAGAUUGCACAUUUUAGCCAUUUGUAAAGAUAUUUUUACCGUGUUUUUAUUUCUAUAGAAUCUGAAAGAGCAUUAAUUAAUAAUUUUAAUUAGAAUUUAUGAGAAUGAAAUCUCAUCAAGUUGUUAAACGGACCAUAUUGUCAUCCUUCCGACUCUCACUGUGCCUUGACCUGCACGUCUUAUAGGAUUAUUUAAUACAUUUUAAAUUUUAGAGAAUAAAUUGAAAAGAAAAAAAAAGUAUUUGUUUUGGAAAAAUUCCACAACUCUGCUCCAGGUUUAACUUGCAAGUAUUCAGAGUUUAAAGAAGAUUGGCUAGGAGAUACAAUCAUCUGGGAUAAAAUUAAACAGUUUAGUCUUGAAGUCAUAUAUUAUAUUCAGAUUUGUUUAUACAAAAAUAAAUACAUUCAAAAAAAAUUGGUCCCACGUCAAUCAAAACUUUAGUGUUCUACCAAUCAGUUAUUUUAAUAAUAGCUAGAGAUAAUUAACCUCCUGUAUUCUUUGAACCCGGGGCAGAAAGUUGUUGAAAAUUAAUUUUCCAUCUCAAGGCUGUUGUGAUAUUAGGAAAUAUAUAUUUUAAUAUUAAAUUGUAAGCAAUAUUUAAUGAGCUAUGUACUAAUCACACAUUUAGUCACUGGAUAUUAUUUUAUUUGUAUUUAUUUGUUUUGCGUUUUUAUGAGAAAGGCUGAACUUGAUGGAUGCGUGUCUCUUAUUUGUAACUAUAUUGUUAUGUAUUGUACCCUUUACACAUUUUACUAAUGAGUGUACAGUGGCUUAUUCAUGAUUUUACUACUAUUUUAGUGCCCUUAGGCAUAGAAACAUAAUGUGGAAAUUAUAAAAAUUAUUAUUAAGAACAAUAAAUACUGACAACGUUACAGAAAAAUACCUUUUUUUUUAAUAACAUUUGAGUGUUUUAAACGUCCUCGAUAUUGCACCUCCCCCCCCACCCCUAAAUAAAGGGUUGGCUUGUUUCUAAUCCAGCAGCGAGACAGUCCCUCAUAACAGCUCUGCCUGUCUGCGAUACCAUCAGUACUGACUACCUCUCAUCCAAUUCAGUGCUUCUCAUAGAAGCAUGGAGAGGCAGGGUGCUUGCUUGAGUGGCAAUCUCCUCACUGUGCCAGCAAUGCUUGAAUAGAGUCCAAUGCUUGGUUGUGAGUCGUACUAUCUUCCUCUGUGUACGAGGUCAAAAAGCAGUCCUGGAUGUAUGAUGGCUGAAGGGUGCAGCUUGGCACCUUUAUAAAAAAGUGCAGAUUUCUCCUGAAAUGGGUACUUUUAUGAAUUGGGAAACAAAGGGCGCUCUCGACAUCUAAAGCAUUUCGGCAAGCUGAAGAGUAUUAAUGUUUUGGAAUGUUUCUGUCCAAGAGAAGAACCCGAGGUAGAGAAUAUGGGGGUCUACAGCUGCACUGCUUAAAGAACUGCACACACGUUCCACAAACAAUAUAAGAAAAAGUCCUUUUCAUUUUGGCCCAAACUUACCAAACAGAUCAUUGCCUGUGUGAUCUGACUGCUAAAAUAACACCUUCGUAGAGAAGUACAAUCCUAAAACAAUCUUAAAAGGGGACCGUACAAAAUAAGUAAACGAUGACACCAUGAUUAGACUUGUGCACAAUGAAAAAAAAGGUGUUUGUCCAAAUCGAUAUAAUGAAAGGAAAAAAAAAUCAUCCAUGCAAUUGUUUGGGCAAAAACUAUUUGGACAAACCAAAGGUGUCGCCUACACUACAAGAGAAAUAAAAGGAGGAGCAAUUUAAUAUAAACGUUUUAUUUUAUUUACUCCUCUAUUUUUCCCUCUAUCGCUCACUUACUUAAUCUAAGGAUAAAAUCAACAUUUAGUGACUGUCCGCUAAACAUUAAACUUUUUUUUAUUUUUUUGUUCCCUGGACAGAACUCUGAAUCAUUAAUCAAACAGAACAGCCCAUCCAUUGUCAGUUUCAUAAAUCAUCCACAUAGCACUUCGGAGUUCGGGAUGUCAGAAGAAUCACCAAUCUCCUAUAAUUCAGAUGAAUCACAAUUAGUUUGAAACCAAAUGCACAAGUCUGAUUAUGAUCCAAAUAACACUUUAAAAAAAUAAAUGAAAUCAUUUAAAUGCAUUCAGAUAACGGUUGGUUUAUUAGAGAAUAAUGUGAGCCCAGAUAUAUCAGACAGGGCUUUGUAUUAUCCCUACACGGUGCCCAAUCAUUCCACCUUCUCUUCUCGUUCCAGGUGUAUAGGAUGCACUGCGGCUGUAUUCCCAGUCCAUACUGGCUACCAGGUAAAUAUCCAUUGUACCAUGAGAUAUACUUUAUAUUUUAUGAUUUCUGUAUUAGUAUUGCUAGCAUUCCCCAUGGGGUUUGUGCAAUAAAUAGCAUGUCGCAGUGAGUUGGAAACCAAAUUGCAAAAUCCACAAACAUUCUCUUUAAAAUAAAUCUAUUUUGAAUAUAAUAUCCACAGAAGUGUUGAAUGAUUUUUUUUCCCCAAUUCUGCUGUUUUUGUGUUUAUUUAUCAUUCUGUCCUCAAGUCGUCACUAUUUACAGUUGUCUCUGGAUUUGUUCAAACUGAUUCCAAUGUCAGGCUGUAUAAACCAUUUUACUGUUUCACCAUAUUCCUGGACUUGUUAGUUCUGCACAGCAUGCAGUUUCAUUCAGUCCCGGAGGAUAUGUGAGAUCUGCAUCCACUGGCGAAGCUAGACAUUAUGUCACGCAGGGCAGAGACUCCAUUGAGCUCCCCUUAUUACUCUCUUCAGGCAGCCGGUACAUGCUAGACUUGGUGAGAUCCCAGCAUGCACACAUCUGCCGGCUUUUUUGGCAGCCACCGCAGCUUCUAAAUAGAUUGUACUGUGUGUGUGAUAGUUAGGAGAUUAGUGUGACUGGGUGAGGGUGUGAGUAUGACAAGGUAUGUGGCAGGGUGAAGGGUGGUGUUACAGGGUUAGUGUGGCAGGGUGGUGAGUUACAAGACGGGAGUGACAUUAUGUGGGGAGAGUGUGCUAAACGGUAAUUAUAUAUAACAUUUCCUGACUCCUGCCUAAGUUCUGGGCAGGAAGGGGGGAAUAAUACAUUCCGUGGUGGUCCAGUAGGCUCCCUGGUGAACCAGUGAAGUCCAUGGUGUUCCAGUGGGUAGCUGGUGCACUCGUAGGCCAGUCCAGUGCUCUGCGAGGAAAUCAAGGCACAAGUUGGGAGUCCUGACACCCAUGCUCUGACUGCCUCACAGAGUACUGGAACUGCGAGGAGCCACAGACCACCAAGGAGGGAUUUUGAAAGGGCCGUGCAGGGAGAUCUCUUGCUCUCCCUUCCAGCUCGAGGUGGGUGCAGUCAGAGGUGAAGCUUAUGGCUAUGUGGCUCUGGUGGCACUUGCACCCACAGUUCCUCCUAGUUUUGUCACAGUCUGCAUCCCAUGCAAUGCCAUCAGAACUGCGGUGAAGCAUUGAUAGCAAGAAAUCUGUGCCAUGGAUGGUACAGAUCAAUGUUCUUUGCUCCAUUCUGGUGUGUAAUUAUGAAGUAAUGAUGUCAUCACUCUGCGCCCGAAUCUCAGCCAUAGAGGAGUCACAAGAAGGAGCACAGACAUGAAAUAGAUUGUCCUCUUGCUAGCCAGAAAAACAAAACUAUCAACAUCAAAUUAAAUAUUAACACCAGAUUUUGAGGAUCCAGAAAAUGUUUGUCAUGUAUUCGCCCUCCCCCGCAACACUAUGAUCCAGGGUAUAGUCUAUUGAUUUAUUUACCUCGAUAGUAAACAAGUAAAACUUAUUAUUUUUUGUUUUCAGGGCUGGCAUUCCCCGAGUGGGCGUACAAGCCUGAGUCGAGUCCCGGCUCUCGCCAGAUCCAGCUAUGGCACUUUAUCUUGGAGUUGCUUCAGAAUGAGGAUUUCCGCCAUGUUAUCGCCUGGCAGCAGGGCGAAUACGGAGAGUUUGUCAUUAAAGAUCCGGAUGAAGUGGCCAGGCUCUGGGGUCAGCGCAAAUGCAAACCUCAGAUGAACUAUGACAAACUGAGUCGUGCCCUCCGGUGAGUGAUUAUAGAGCAUUGUUCUACAUCCCAGCCCUCGAAGGCUACAGCCACCCUAGAUUUCAAGAUAAUUUUCACAGUUUGUUCAACGAGACCCAAUGGAGGUUAUGUAUAAAAAGUGGUUUAAAUUACUAAAACAGGCACACUCAAUUGGUGACUGAUUUCAUGGUAAUUGUCAAAAUCACAAAUCAAUCCAACCAAGAUUAACCUCUGUGAGAUGUUAAAUGUAUCUAGUGCUGGUCCUCUGUCACCAAUGGGGUAUCCAAAAACUUUAGAAAUGCCUGUUAUCCCAUUUCAAAAGGCCCCCAGUCCAUCAUGGUCAGCCUUUUUAUAUAAUUUUUUUUUCUGUUGAUCCAAGAGAAAAAAACUAAACUUUUUUGAACUAAUUCUCAUUGCACCAGAAAUGAAAAAAAAAAAUCAACUUUCAUGACUUCAGAAUGACAGCUAGAUAUCUCAACUGAUAUAGACUUCACUAAAUUAAACGUGAGAAUAUAUGUAUAUAACAAACUGAUUUUAUAUUUAAAAUAGAAACAUGAAUUUUAUCUUUAAAAUCAAACAUAAAAUUAUAUAUAGCUUUUUUAAAUAUAGCUAUUGAUUCUUGUUUAUUUUGAAAUGUACUGUGGAUAAUUCUCUUGAAUGGAGAGUGGUCCGAUGUUUUGCAGUGAAAUAUAUCUUGUUUAAUAAUGACAUUUAUCCAUUUUAACCUGAGGCAUGGUGUGCGUCAUUGAGGGUCUAAAAUGGACAGUCUUCCCUUUCAACAUUGAGCCACUGAGCCGAACUCGAAACAAACUCAUUAUUAACUAUAUUGUACAAAGAGAUCUGUACAGAAUGGACACUGAACCUGGCAGAUCUAUAUAGAAUGUACAGUGAACCCUGCAGCUCUAUACAGAAUGGACAUUGAACCCGGCAGUUCUAUCGACACUGAACCCUGCAGCUCUAUACAGAAUGGACACUGAACCCGGCAGUUCUAUCGACACUGAACCCUGCAGCUCUAUACAGAAUGGACACUGAACCCAGCAGUUCUAUCGACACUAAAUUCUGCAGCUCUAUACAGAAUGCACACUGAACCCGGAAGUUCUAUCGACACUGAACCCUGCAGCUCUAUACAGAAUGCACACUGAACCCAGCAGUUCUACAUAGAAUGGACACUGAACCUGGCAGAUCUAUAUAGAAUGUACAGUGAACCCUGCAGCUCUAUACAGAAUGGACAUUGAACCCGGCAGUUCUAUCGACACUGAACCCUGCAGCUCUAUACAGAAUGGACAUUGAACCCGGCAGUUCUAUCGACACUGAACCCUGCAGCUCUAUACAGAAUGGACACUGAACCCAGCAGUUCUAUCGACACUAAAUUCUGCAGCUCUAUACAGAAUGCACACUGAACCCGGCAGUUCUAUCGACACUGAACCCUGCAGCUCUAUACAGAAUGUACACUGAACCCGGCAGUUCUACAUAGAAUGGACACUGAACCUGGCAGAUCUAUAUAGAAUGCACAGUGAACCCUGCAGCUCUAUACAGAAUGGACACUGAACCCGGCAGUUCUAUCGACACUGAACCCUGCAGCUCUAUACAGAAUGGACACUGAACCCAGCAGUUCUAUCGACACUGAACCCUGCAGCUCUAUACAGAAUGGACACUGAACCCGGCAGUUCUAUCGACACUGAACCCUGCAGCUCUAUACAGAAUGGACACUGAACCCUGCAGCUCUAUACAGAAUGGACACUGAACCCGGCAGUUCUACAUAGAAUGGACACUGAACCUGGCAGAUCUAUAUAGAAUGCACAGUGAACCCUGCAGCACUAUACAGAAUGGACACUGAACCCGGCAGCUCUCUGUAGUGAACUUUGAACUCUAUCAUUGAUAUUUAUUAAUCUGGGAUCAAGAGAUUAAUAAAUAUCAAUGUCAUUAUGAAUGGAUUGGUGGAAUGAAGUAGAGUUACCGUACAAUGCCAUAUUUUACUUUCCUUUUCAUUUUGGCUCCUUGUGUACCCUGUACAUUAUAUCUAAUAUUAUAUUACACCCUAUUCAAUGUUAUUUCCACAUGUGAUGCACAGUAUUUAAGAUGUGUAUUUCUGGUUACUGUAGUGCAAUCUCAGUUUAUACUUUACUCGUUUUAGGUAUUACUACAAUAAAAGGAUAUUGCACAAGACUAAAGGGAAGAGAUUUACCUACAAAUUUAACUUCAACAAGCUGGUCCUCAUUAAUUAUCCGAUGUGGGAUCUGAGAUGCCCUCCUCAAUCAGUUCUGAUGGGAAACAAUAUGUGUUGUUCGGUUGUAGUGCCACCUGGUGUCCAGAGAGAGGUAAUGCACACAAUAAUCCACUUAGUGUAAUACUGUGGCAGAAUUAACCCAUGUUCCUAGGAGUGUGACAAACCACCAGGUCACUGGAUUACUAUGUUCCCCUAUGAUUCCCUGGUUUGUUCUGUAAAACCAUGUUCACCUAAUUUUGAUCCUUGUUUUGUUCGACAACCGAACAAAACCACGAAAGAUCCUGACCACCCGUAUGCUUUUUACCACCUGUAUGCUUGUUAACCUCCAUCACCCCUCCAUCACCCCAGUUAACACUCCAAUAAUAGUUCACACCUCAGUGUUCUAAACAGUCAGCUGGGUGUCCGUUGUUCGUAUGUACGGCCAUCUCGUUCCCGCGAAUGCAGGCAGCAGUGUUUGGUUGUUGAGUGCAUGGAACUAAAAACGGACACUCAACCUCGCGAACACCACUGAAAUUCCAUCCCCACCUGCAUUCAUUUCUAAACAUCUGAGAAGAACACUGUUCGGUGGAAUCAUUCCCACGAAUGAGGGGCACAUCAUCAGCAUACAGGUUGGAGCAUCCGUUCGGUAUUUUGUGCGUUUUCGUGCUCAUGAAAGAGACUGACUCCUACCCCGGAUUCUAUGGAAUUAUUUUGGGCAGGAGCCUCGUGUGUGGUCAGUCAAACCUUUACCCCGGUGGCGUUUCGGCUGUGUUCGUGGGAUCCGAGCCCUUGUGCGCUCAGAUUCAGGCUAUCCAGGGUAUAAGACUUGAGGGGUUCAUGGUUGUUUUAUGUGUGUUUUUGAUUUUUCUGUACCUGAGAGAUAUUUAUAAGUUUUUCCCAGGUAAUUAUCUCUCAGGCACAGAGGAUCAUGGGAGGGAUUACUCUGUAAGUUUGUACGGGAAACCCCUCGUAGGGGCUUUGGCAUAAAAGUCCGUGUGUGGCCCUAAAUAAACCAGUUGGCUCCAAGAACUGUGUGUCGUCCGGUUACUGGGGGAUUGGGCUAAAUCUGCUAAACAGUGCUUCCUCUCCAGCUUCAGAGAACCCCAGCGGAGAUUUGGUAUUUUAUUAUUGCAGCUCCACUACAAAUACUAAUUACAUAUAUUAUAUGAGUUCUGGCUCCCCACAAAUUUUCAUCUUUUUAAAUUGCUCUUUGUUUCCCAAAUUUCUUUUCUCUAAUUCACACCUGUACCUGCUCUUGAAAACUAAUAUAGUAUAUUUUAUUAACAUUUCUUAUUAAAGGGCUUGAUCAGCAUCAUAGUGGGUUAAUGAAUUUAAUGAAUCAGAUUAAUUGGGUUCCAUAUGUCAAGCUCAUGCCCAGUGCUCUGUAAAGUCCCAGUGGUAGGAGAUGCCCACACAGUUUGUAUAACAGUAGGCCGUAUGUUGAUGGUUCGGUCUCUGUUUAGUGUGUGAAUGCUGCAUGCCGGGUGUCUCUGUUCAGGGUGUGAAUGCUGCGUGCAGGGUGCCUAUGUUCAGGGUGUGAAUGCUGCGUGCAGGUGGUCUCUGUUGAGGGUGUGAAUGCUGCAUGCAGGGUGUCUCUGCUGAGUGUGUGAAUGCUGCGUGCAGGGUGUCUUGAGGGUGUGAAUGCUGCAUGCAGGGUGUCUCUGUUGAGGGUGUGAAUGCUACGUGCAUGGUGUCUGCGUUUAGGGUGUGAAUGCUGCAUGCAGGGUGCCUAUGUUCAGGGUGUGAAUGCUGCGUGCAGGGUGUCUAUGUUCAGGGUGUGAAUGCUGCAUACAGGGUGCCUAUGUUCAGGGUGUGAAUGCUGCAUGCAGGGUGCCUCUGUUCAGGGUGUAAAUGCUGCAUGCAGGGUGUCUCUGUUUAUAAUGUGAAUGCUGUGUGCGUAGUGUCUGUGUUAAGGGUAUAAAUGCUGCAUGCAGGGUGUCUCUGUUUAAGGUGUGAAUGCUGCAUGCAGGGUGUCUCUGUUCAGAGUGUCAAUGCUGCAUGGUGUAAAUGCUGUGUGCACGAUGCCUCUGUUCAGUGUGUUAAUGCUGCGUGCAGGGUGUCUCUGUUAAGGGUGUGAGUGCUGCAUUCAGGGUGUCUGUCUUUAGAGUGUGAAUGCUGCAUGCAGGGUGUCUCUGUUCAAGGUGUAAAUGCUGCAUUCAGGGUGUCUCUGUUGAGGGUGUGAAUGCUGCAUGCAGGGCGCCUAUGUUCAGGGGGUGAAUGCUGCAUGCAGGGUGUCUCUGUUUAUAAUGUGAAUGCUGUGAGCAUGGUGUCUGUGUUCAGGGUGUAAAUGCUGCAUGCAGGGUGUCUCAGUUCAGGGUGUUAAUGCUGUGUGCAAGGUGUCUCUGUUCAGGGUGUAAAUGCUGCAUGCAGGGUGUCUCUGUUUAGGGUGUGAAUUCUGCGUGCAGGGUGUCUCAGUUCAGGGUGUUAAUGCUGCAUGCCGGGUGUCUCUGUUCAGGGUGUGAAUGCUGCAUGCCGGGUGUCUCUGUUCAGGGUGUGAAUGCUGCAUGCAGGGUGUCUCUGUUCAGGGUGUGAAUGCUGCAUGCAGGGUGUCUCUGUUCAGGGUGUGAAUGCUGCAUGCCGGGUGUCUCUGUUCAGGGUGUGAAUGCUGCAUGCAGGGUGUUUCUGUUCAGGGUGUAAAUGCUGCAUGCAGGAUGCCUCUGUUCAGGGCGUGAAUGCUGCAUCCAGGUUGUCUCUGUUGAGGCUGUGAAUGCUGCAUGCAGGGUGUCUCUGUUGAGGGUGUGAAUGCUACAUGCAGGGUGUCUCUGUUGAGGGUGUGAAUGCUAUGUGCAUGGUGUCUGCGUUUAGGGUGUGAAUGCUGCAUGCAGGGUGCCUAUGUUCAGGGUGUAAAUGCUCCGUGCACGGUGCCUCUGUUCAGGGUGUAAAUGCUGCGUGCAUGGUGCCUCUGUUCAGGGUGUAAAUGCUGCAUGCAGGGUGUCUCUGUUUAUAAUGUGAAUGCGGUGUGCAUAGUGUCUGUGUUAAGGGUAUAAAUGCUGCAUGCAGGGUGUCUCUGUUUAAGGUGUGAAUGCUGCAUGCAGGGUGUCUCUGUUCAGAGUGUAAAUGCUGCUUGCACGGUGCCUCUGUUCAGGGUGUAAAUGCUGCGUGCAUGGUGCCUCUGUUCAGUGUGUUAAUGCUGCGUGCAGGGUGUCUCUGUUAAGGGUGUGAGUGCUGCAUUCAGGGUGUCUGUCUUUAGAGUGUGAAUGCUGCAUGCAGGGUGUCUCUGUUCAGGGUGUAAAUGCUGCAUUCAGGGUGUCUCUGUUGAGGGUGUGAAUGCUGCAUGCAGGGCGCCUAUGUUCAGGGUGUGAAUGCUGCAUGCAGGGUGUGUCUGUUUAUAAUGUGAAUGCUGUGUGCAUGGUGUCUGUGUUCAGGGUGUAAAUGCUGCAUGCAGGGUGUCUCUGUUUAGGGAGUGAAUUCUGAGUGCAGGGUGUCUCAGUUCAGGGUGUUAAUGCUUCAUGCAGGGUGUUUCUGUUCAGGGUGUUAAUGCUGCAUGCAAGGCGUCUCUGUUGAGGGUGUGAAUGCUUAAUGCAGGGUGUCUCUGUUAAGGGUGUGAGUGCUGCAUUCAGGGUGUCUUUGUUCAGCAUGUAAAUGCUGCAUUCAGGGUGUCUCUUUUAACAGUGUGAAUGCUGUGUGCAAGGUGUCUCUGUUGAGGGUGUGAAUGCUGCAUGCAGGGUGUCUAUUCAGGGUGUAAAUUCUGCAUGCAGGUUAUCUCUGUUGAGGGUGUGAAUGCUGCAUGCAUGGUGUCUCUGCUGAGGGUGUGAAUGCUGCGUGCAUGGUGUCUGCAUAUAGGGUGUGAAUGCUGCAUGCAGAGUGCCUAUGUUCAGGGUGUGAAUGCUGUGUGCAAGGUGUCUCUGUUCAGGGUGUAAAUGCUGCAUGCAGGGUGUCUCUGUUUAGGGUGUGAAUUCUGCGUGCAGGGUGUCUCAGUUCAGGGUGUUAAUGCUGCGUGCAGGGUGUCUCUGUCUAAGGUGUUAAUGCUGCAUGCAAGGCAUCUCUGUUGAGGGUGUGAAUGCAGGGUGUAAAUGCUGCAUGCAGGGUGUCUCUGUUAAGGGUGUGAGUGCUGCAUUCAGGGUGUCUGUCUUUAGAGUGUGAAUUCUGCAUGCAGGGUGUCUCUGUUGAGGGUGUGAAUGCUGCAUUCAGGGUGUCUCUUUUAAGGGUGGGAAUGAUGCGUGCAAGGUGUCUCUGUUGAGGGUGUGAAUGCUGCAUGCAGGGUGUCUCUGUUCAGGGUGUAAAUGCUGCAUGCAGGUUGUCUCUGUUGAGGGUGUGAAUGCUGCAUGCAGGGUGUCUCUGCUGACGGUGUGAAUGCUGCAUGCAGGGUGUCUUGGUUGAGGGUGUGAAUGCUGCGUGCAUGGUGUCUGUGUUUAGGGUGUGAAUGCUGCGUGCAGAGUGCCUAUGUUCAGGGUGUGAAUGCUGCAUGCAGGGUGUCUCUGUUCAGGGUGUGAAUGCUGCAUGCAGGGUGUCUCUGUUCAGGGUGUAAAUGCUGCAUGCAGGGUGUCUCUGCUGAGGGUGUGAAUGCUGCGUGCAGGGUGUCUUGGUUGAGGGUGUGAAUGCUGCGUGCAUGGUGUCUCUGUUCAGGGUGUGAAUGCUGCAUGCAGGGUGUCUCUGUUCAGGGUGUGAAUGCUGCGUGCAUGGUGUCUCUGUUCAGGGUGUGAAUGCUGUGUGCAGGGUGUCUGAUGGGUUGAUAGUUGUGUAAUGUGUGUAUGUUAUUGUGGUGAUGAGUUGUGUUUAGAAGAUUUUAUCCACUUUUUAUCAUUUUAGGUUUUACAAAGUACAAUCCUUGCACGCAAGUUACUGUCUGAUCAGCUGACUUGUCGCAGAGUGAUGCAGAAUCCAGGAGAUGGCACCAGUUCUUCUGAAAAAAAGAUAACUCCAAAUUUGGGUAAUACCUAUUCAUUGACUAAUUGUAUCAGAAUCUAGGUUACAGAAUAUAUUCUGCUUUUAUACCAACAUUUGUUCUAUCAGAAUGUAUUCUAUGAGGACAAUGUGUAGCACUUUGAUAAACUCUGUAAGAUAAUUUUAUGUGAUAACAACCUUUCAGAUUUAUUUGUCAGUUAAAGGACCACUCUAGGCACCCAGACCACUUCAGCUUAAUGAAGUGGUCUGGGUGCCUGGUCCUUCUAGGGUUAACCCAUUUUUUCAUAAACAUAGCAGUUUCAGAGAAACUGCUGUGCUUAUGAAUGGGUUAAGCCUUCCCCUAUUUCCUCUAGUGGCUGUCCCAUUGACAGCCGCUAGAGGCGCUUGCGUGCUUCUCACUGUGAUUUUCACAGUGAGAGCACGCCAGCGUCAUAGGAAAGCAUUAUCAAUGCUUUCCUAGAUCUGAAUGCGCUUUUGCCGCGCUUUUGCGAUUCAGCCGACGGGGAGGAGAGGAGGAGGAUCGGAGGAGGAGAGCUCCCCGCCCAGCGCUGGAAAAAGGUAAGUUUUUACCCCUUUCCCCUUUCCAGAGCCGGGCGGGAGUGGGACCCUCAGGGUGGGGGCACCCUCAGGGCACUAUAGUGCCAGGAAAACGAGUAUGGUUUCCUGGCACUAUAGUGGUCCUUUAAAGCAUGGACAAGAUGGAGGCUAUACUUCGUAAUACAUUUAUAAAAAGUAAAAGGAAGUUUGGUGUCCCUGUAACAAAUCCGAUAUUGCUUCAAUUAUUAUUUUAUAUGAUUACCAUUAAUAGGAAAAAACCCAGUUUCACAAGACCCAGCCACUAUAAAUGUAUAUUAUCCUCAUCAACUUACACGGAGUGAGGUCAACAUUCUACCAGGACAAACCUAGAUUCUUUCAAUCAACUUACAUUAAGAGAGGAGAGCAUAGUAUGUACACAAAAUUCAGCAAAGUUUUAAAGAACUAGCCAGUCCCUCCAAAGAUUCACCUACAAACGCAUGUUGUUCUCUUUGACAUUAACUUGUCCACAUGACCAUUUGUCCAUAAAAGGAGCAAGAUUGUCCUUAAAAGGUUGUAUGUCUGUUUAAUAAAUUACUGAUUAGGUACUUUGUUGUAAGCAUACAUUAGCCUUUUGGCAGUGUUUCAAACUGUUUUUUAUUCCUCUCUCUAGGAUUAAGUGCACCAUCUCCUCCAUGUGGUCUGAGCUCCUUUAAUCACUUUGGCCAUGAUAGACCUUUCCACAUUCCAUCUUCCCCUGCAGAAAUUAACCCACCAGGUUUUUCACCCCACCAUGGUCAGCCAGUCUACUCUUCUCCACAAAUUGCUCUGGCAGGGUCAUCUGAGUGGCAGUUGUGUACCAGUCACUUACUCCAACGCAGUCAGACACUAAUGUCCUUGGAAGAGAGAAUUCAGUCCCUAACUCAGCGAGGUGCUCACUAUAGAAUUCCAGGACUCCCGUUUUCCAGUCAUUUUGCUGGACAAACACCAGCCCAUCUAACAGAAGGUCUUCCACUGCCACCACCACCACCGCUGUCUGACAGCAAGGGGCAAGACGAAAACUGCCUGACUUCCAUUGUGAAACCAGACCGGGAGACAGAACUUAGCCCUCUGCCAGUUGAGAACAUGUUUCGAGAUCUUCAUGGAAGUAAAAAAGACCCUCUCAGUCCUUCUGAUAACUCUGCCAUUAAAAGUAAACCUGUGCUGUUUUAUAGCGUAGCCAAUCUGUCCAACAUUGGCAAAAACUGGUUGCUGAAGCCUGCCUAG